AUGUACCAGACGGCUUUGCAGCGGAGUGCAAAUUCAUUCCAGGUAUGGGAAGAUUCCCCCUUAAAUUGCACAAAAAAUUGGAGUCCAAGAGGACUAGUAACUUGCGUGGACCAAUCUGCAAAGUGCAGUUGGGGUUUUCCGUCUGGGCUGCUGAGAUCAGUUUGGCGUUGCUUCAUGGAAAAAAACCCAAAACCUGCUACUAAGAGAAAUCCCAGAGGAUCUGCUGUGUUUUCUCUGCUGCAAGAGGGCUCCCAAUUUGCUUAUAUUCUAAUAUUAUUCACCCUCCAGCAGGGGGCAGCGAUGCCCUAGUUCAGCAUUCCCUAAGGUCACAAUUAGGAUAAUUCCUCAAACAGCAUUAAAAAAACACAAAACACCACCCAGAAUUAAAUGAAAAAGGCUUUGAAGGGCUGGUGUUUUGUUUUGGGAUUUUAUUUUCCUUAAGGCUUUCUGCGUAUGGAAAGCUGGUAGGAGAUUUAUUUAUGUGUUUAUUGUUUCCAUCAAAAUUAAUUCCAAAAAUCUUGUACGUUGCCACCAUAACUGAUAAUGCACCGAGCUUCUCACAGUCCCUCCAGCCAUUAGGUGAUGCAGAAGAGGACAUUUUUGACAUUUGCAAUACAGUAGUACCUCGGGUCAAGAACUUAAUUCGUUCUGGAGGUCCAUUCUUAACCUGAAACUGUUCUUAACCUGAAGCACCACUUUGGCUAAUGGGGCCUCCCACUGUCGCCACGCCGCGAUUUCGGUUCUCAUCCUGAAGUGAAGUUCUUAACCCGAGGUACUAUUUCUGGGUUAGUGGAUGUCUGUAACCUGAAGCAUCUGUAACCCGAGGUACCACUGUACCAUUUUUGGCUGCAAUACCAUCUGCAUAGUGAUUGCAACCUGGUGGGUGUGGCUGGGUGUAAUCCUGCGCUUUUUCUCAGCACCUGACUCAGCUGCAAGACAGCAACUGCCUGGGGCAAAGGCGUUGGCAGAGGGACGCUGAGGUUUCCUUCUUCCUAACUCUCUCUUCUCUGCCAGGACAUCCUACCUGCCUAUAAUUGCCCCAACUCUGCCAGCUGCCCUCCUCCUCCUCCAUAAACUGCACCCAGAACCAAAACAGCCGCAUGGGAAGGGGACAAGCAAAGUUCAGUUCUGCAGCUGGCCAGCACUGCAAGGAAUACCGUAUUUUUCGCUCUAUAAGACGCACCAGACCAUAAGACGUACCUAGUUUUUGGAGGAGGAAAACAAGAAAAAAAAAUAUUCUGAAUCCCAGAAGCCAGAACAGCAAGAGGGAUCGCUACGCAGCGAAAGCAGCAAUCCCUCUUGCUGUUCUGGCUUCUGGGAUAGCUGUGCAGCGUGCAUUGACUCCAUAAGACACACACAUAUUUCCCCUUACUUUUUAGGAGGGAAAAAGUGAGUCUUAUAGAGCAAAAAAUACGGUAAUCAUAGAAUGGUAGGGUUGGAAAUGAACCUCAAGGAUCAUCUAGUCCAACCCCCAGAAAUGCAGGAAUCGCAGCGUAAAGAAUCCCUGACAAAUGGCCAUCCAACUUCUGUUUAAAAGAGAGUCCAUCACCUUCCGAGGGAGCCCAUUCCAUUACUGCACAGCUCUUAAUCUGAAGCUCCUUGUCAUCUGAAUCCACUGACUCGGGUCCUGCCGUCUGGAGCAGCAGAAAACAAGCUCGUUCCAUCUUCCACCGGACGUCCCUUCAGAUAUUUGAAGAGGAUUUUAAUAAGGAAUGGGGAGGGGGGAUUAUAAUUUAUCUUAAAAAUCAUUGCAAACAGUUAAAAUCGUUAGUAGGAUUGGAAUAGCACUUGUAGUGAAUUUUGCAAUGGUGAAUUUUGGAUAUACAGUAGUGGCGAUGUAAAAAAGAGUUGGAUUAUUAUAAAAGAUGCAGGAGGAAAUGAUUAACAGGACCUGAAGAAGGGAAGCCCAGGAGAUUCUUUGGAAUCUUGCUUUUAUGUUGUAUGUUGGAUAUCUGAUUGCAAAACAUUAAUUUGAAAAACCAAACGAAUAAAUUUAUUUAAAAAGAACAAGAAGAGGAUGUCACCUCUCUCAGUCUCUUCCGCACUAAACAGCUGACCCCAAAACUGUAUGCUUUGCAUUAAGUCUCAGGCUGCAUCCCCACUGACUGGCGUCUCCAGGUACUCCUCUGAAAUUCUGAAGAGCCCCUGCCAAAUAAUGCUGACCUGUAGAGAGCCGUGGUCUGCCUCCAUGCAAGGCAGCUUAAGGUCAAUGGGUCUCCUCUGAACAGCUGCAAACAGAUUCGAUUUUGGAGAUUGGGAAAUGUGGGCUAUAAAUAUUAUUAUUUAUUAAAUUUGCAUACCGCCCUCUACCCACAGAUCUCAGGGCAGUUAAAACCCAAAAUCCCAAUAUAAAAACAUUCAAUGCAUAAUACAAUAUUAAAAACAACCCAAUAACACCCCCAGUUAAUAAUAAUAAUUCUUUAUUUAUACCCCGCCCUUCCCGGUUCAGAAAACAGGGCUCAGAGCGGCUAACAACAAAUUUAAAACACUUAACUGAUGCAACAAAAAACAGCGUAAAAUGCAGUAUAAAACGUGAAUAACAAUAAAUUCAGAAUUCAUACUAAUACAUAAUGCUAUUUAAAAAUAAUGAAUUGUAUAAAACCAAUUGCAAGCCACUUAAUACUAUUUUUAAAGGAAAGAGGUAGAAGGGCAGCUUUACUCGGGAAUGGCCCGCAAUGACGAUCGGGCUUGCAAGGGCGGCCCCAAUCCCCGACCCCUCCACGCAGCCACUGACUGCACCGCACGCCACUCACAGCCGGGAAACCCGCUGCGCAUGCGUGCGUCCCCGGAGCGCCGGCCCCGCCUUCUUUUUCCUCCUCCUCCUCCUUCCCAAUCAGGCGCUGGCAUAGCCACCUACGGCCCUUCUCUCCAUUGCCGCCAACGGGCCCUGACUUGGGGUCCUUCGCCUUCUCCGGGAAGAGGGGGGGGGGUCGGUUAAAUGAAUAAAAAAUAAAACGAACCCCUCCCCAUUCGCGUGUGAGGAGAAAGUUAAUCUGAGGCGGGGGCGGGAGUUUUUUAAAAAUGUAUUUAUUUACCUCACGGCGGAGCGGAUAGGGAGAAGAAAGAGGCCCCCUCAGGCGGCGGCGAGGGCAGCCCCGGAGCUGGGCCCGGCGACGGCGGCGGCUGGAAGAGGCUGAGGCGGCCGGAGGGAGAGAGACUGAAAGACUGAGAGAGAGAGAGAGGCCGCGGAGGGGCGCCGGCUCCUGCCUCCCUCCCUCUCUCCCGCCGCCGCCUCUCUCCCAUGGACACGGCGUGAGGUGAGUGCGGGGAAGGCAGGCAGGCACCUCCGAGGGCACCCCUGGGGGGUCCUCCGUCCCCUCCCCCCUCAACGCCCCCUCCCUCCAGGGCCCCUGCCCCCCUCUCCUGCCCCAGGGGCCCAUGGGAGAUUUCGUCCCCCUCCCCUUCAAGGCCCCCCCCGCACAAGGCCAGGAACUGCCCCCCCGUCUUUUGCCCCAGGGGGGCUCAAGGGCCCUUCUCCCCCCCCUUCCAACCCCUGCCCCACUGACUCCUUGGGUCUCCCCUCUCCUGCCCCAGGGGCCCAUGGGAGAUUUCACGCCCCCUCCCUUUCAAGCCCCCCCCCCGCACAAGGCCAGGAACUGCCCCCUGUCAUUUGCCCCAGGGGGGCUCAAGGGCCCUUCUCCCCCCCUUCCAACCCCUGCCCCACUGACUCCUUGGGUCUGUCCACCCCACCCCCCACCCCACUGCCAGGCCGCCUCUGGAUCCGGCCCUCCUUGCCCCCGCCCCAGUUCCUCCUCCUCUUCCCCCGUUUCUUCUGACACGUAAGAGCUCCCACCGUUCAGGUCUCCCUGUUCUCCCCCAAAACUGCCCCCUUGGCUCCUGGGGUUUCUCUCCUCAGCCCCCUUUCGCCCCCUUCUCAGUGUCCUCAAGCGGAUCCCACCAGCCUUGAUUUCCUCUCCCCCUGCCCCACUCCCACCUACCCUCUUGCCCCAUUGGCUUCUGGGAGCCUUUGGCCUCCCAACACCCCCCUCCAAAAUAUUAUUUCCCUUAUGCCCCCUUGUUUUGCAUCGCUCCCCACACCCCAGCCUCCACUCUCUUGUCCCCCUCUCUUUGCCCCACUGAUUCCUGGGAUUUAGUUGCCUCUGUCCGCCCCCCCCUUCUGCAAAUUAAUACUGGCUCCCAUUCUGCUACCCCCUCACUUCAACUCUUUCCACUCCAUUCCCUGAUCCCCAUUUUCCUUUCUCCCGUCCUUGGAUAUGAGACACCUUCCUCACCAUUGCUCCUCUAUUACCUCUGACCCAUUUAUCUGUAACGUUAAUGUCAUGCAGCGGCUUCUCUGGUUUAAAUCAGACGACUUCUUCUAAAACAAAACAUAUUUGGGAGGCUAGUAACUUUUUGCAGGCGUAUUUCCACACCAGUUGUAUCCCACAACUCCUCAAGACUGCCAUUUUUUGUUCGUAAUGAUAAGGAGUGCUGGGGUUUUAAUACCUCACCUUUUCCCUCUUCCCCACCCCACUUUCUGAGUCCUUUUCACCCUCCUCACUGAGUUGCCAAGGAGCAAGUUUCUCUUUUAAAAGCUCUUUUAAUUAUACACUCGCUUCCUUGUAGGGACGGGAAGAUGUGGCUUUGCCUGUGGUGUGGGGAAAGGAGAGUCAGAGCAAGUUUGCCAGCGGUCCUCAGAGCAUUUCUGAGUCCUUGCUGGUUUUGCAGCUCUCGGUGCUGAGUGAGCUUUUCUAAGCUUCAGAGACAUCCGAUUCCAAUUACAUUCUUACUUUGCAGUUUCUCUGCCUCUUCCACCUCUCCUCUUCCAAGCAUUUCCACUUCAGAUUGUCUUAUAAACCUACCCCCCAAGUUUAUGAUUGUUUUGACAUCCCUAUAUCCCUGCCCACCUUUCCCCCUUGUGAGAACAGGCACAGGAUUUGAGCCAGGCUUUGCACUUGAACUAUAGUGUCCUGAAUGUGUAUACCAGCUUAAGUUCUGAUACAGUGGUACCUCAGGUUAAGUACUUAAUUCGUUCCGGAGGUCCGUUCUUAACCUGAAACUGUUCUUAACCUGAAGCACCACUUUAGCUAACGGGGCCUCGCGCCGCUGGAGCACGAGUUCUGUUCUCAUCCUGAAGCAAAGUUCUUAACCCGAGGUACUAUUUCUGGGUUAGCAGAGUCUGUAACCUGAAGCGUAUGUAACCCGAGGUACCACUGUAUUUCAGUCUUCAAGGAUGAACGCUACCCUUCACCCCUUCAAAAAUGGACUGUGCUUUUGAACAUGAAGUGAUGCGUGGCAUCCCUCCAGAUUUCUGCAAACACCUUCCUGGUAUUUCAGUGUUUGAGAGAGAUGCUGUGUUUAAAAAGCAGACCAAAAACCCCUGUGUUAAAACUGAAAGGUUGAGCGAGACGUUUCCUCCAUUUCCCCUCCCAACGCAUCUCACUUUUCUUCCCUACAGCUGUGAAGGAUCAUCGCAGAGAAUCCCUUUGAGUCCCCAUCUCCAAAGAUGGCUGACUCGGCUGGCAUUGUGGGCGAGCGUCUCAGCAGGGGCAAGCUGCCCGGUUGGAUGGGCACGAGAGAGGUGAGUGGUGGAUGGGCCUCUUUCUCUGGGCAUGCAUGAUGGGCCUCCUCUGUGGUGUAUCGGGCUGUUGUUGUUGUUGUUUAGUUGUGUCCGACUCUUCGUGACCCCAUGGACCAGAGCACGCCAGGCACUUCUGUCUUCCACUGCCUCCUGCAGUUUGGUCAGACUCAUGUUUGUAGCUUCGAGAACACUGUCCCACCAUCUCGUCCUCUGUCGUCCCCUUCUCCUUGUGCCCUCCAUCUUUCCCAACAUCAGGGUCUUUUCCAGGGAGUCUUCUCUUCUCAUGAGGUGGCCAAAGUAGUGGAGCCUCAGCUCCAAUCGGGCUAGUACUUCCCAAUUCUUGGGUUUCCAAGAAGAGGAGGAGGGAAUCAUGAUUAACCGCAAGUGUGGGGAACCUCUGGCCCUCCAGUUGCUGCAGUACCGCUACCCUCAUUGCUCAGUUGGUUAGAGCAGGGUGCUGCUAAUGCCACGGUUGCAAGUUCAAUCCCUAUAUGGGACAACUGCUCAGGGUCCCUUCCAACUCUACGAUUCUAUGAUCCCUGACUGUUGCCUAUCCUUGCUGGGACUAAUGGGGGUUGUAAUUCAGCAACAUCUGGAAGGCUAGAGAUUGCCCCGCAUCCGAUUUCCUUCUUUCUUACCUCUCAAGUCUGGGCUGUUUCCUUCCCUUUUUAUCUGGUGCUCCAAUCCGAAGCAGACACACACCCCUACCUCUUUCAGCCAAUCAUUCAAUGAGCCUGUUUGCCAGUAAGAAACGGGGGGCCCUCAGCAGCCUGUUUAUUUACAGCACCAGUAACACACGAAAAGGCUUCCAGAAUGGCUGGUUAAAACAAGGCCGUCUCUGCUCACAGGCUUGCAAUCUAAAUGGCAUGGCACAAAAGGAAAGAGGGGCAGGGAGGGAAACUCAGGCACAGAUUCUUAAAAUGUUUAAAUAGCAGUUUUAUUUAAUGGGAAUAGUUCAGGGCUAGGAGGCUCCUGAUGGAGCUGGUCUUUCUGUGGAGGCGACAGAACGAGCGCUGCUUUCUAUCUGGCUGGCUGAGGCUCCUUCCAGGUGGGUGUUGAGGAGGGGAAGAGGAGGCACGAUGGAGCUGGUCUUCCAGCAGAGCUGAAGGGCUCCCCUGAGGUUCCCAUGAAACACCCUGCCUGGGUGCCUGUUGUGUCCUGUGCUGGUUCCCUUCUCACUGUUUAGUUACUUUUGUCAUCCUUUCCAGAGGGUGCAGCUAUCUCUUGCGUUAAGAAGGACAGAGCCUUGCGGCACCUUAAAGGGCUAACAAACUUAUUGUGGCACAAGCAUCCUUCAGAGGCAUGAAUUGUUACCCUGCGCUUUCUUGUGUUGGCUGCGUAUGAUGCGUAUGCUUUGCCUCUAUGAUCUGGGGCAGUAAUGUUUCUGAAUACCAGCUGCUGGAAACUGCAGGAGCGGAGAGGGCUCUUGGGCUCGGAUCCUGCUUGUGGGUUUCCCACAGGCUUCUGUGAGAAAAGGAUUCUGGAUGAGAUGGGCUCCAGCAGGGGCCCCUCUUCCGUUCUUAGGUCCAAGUUACCACUAUCUGUCCUCUGCAUUUCAUUUGCCUCUGACCUUGCCGCUUACAAUUCUCCCCCCACUCCUAAAACUGCAUACAGUCAUACCCUGGGUUACAGACGCUUCAGGUUGCGCGUUUUCGGGUUGCGCACUGUGCUGAACCCGCAAGCACUGGAAUGGGUUACUUCCGGGUUUCGGCACAUGCGCAGAAGUGCAGAAUCGCAACCUGCGCAUACACAGACGUGGCGCUGCGGGUUGCGAACGCUGCAGGUUGCCAACGUGCUUCCCGCACGGAUCACGUUCGCAACCCGUGUCCACUGUGUAGCUCAAUAUAACACUUUGUAUUGCCUACCGUACUUUGCAAGAGUUUAUGCCACACAAAAAAACCAUUCAUCUUUUGAAGUUGCCAAAAUACUUUGUUCUUGUUUUUAAGUUGGAGCAGCAGUGGUUUGUGCUUAGGCAUUCAGUUUGAAACACCCAGAGGACUCUGUGCAUGUGAGCCUUCCCCACCCUGAUGCCCUCCAGAUAUUGUUGGAUUACUAUACCAUAUUCCCUGAAAGAAGGAACACAGGAAGCUAUCAAGUUAGGGGUGGGGGGCGCUGCUUUGCAGUGGUUACGUUCCUACUUGGGUGGUUGUUUCCAGAGGGUGAUGCUUGGGGAGGGCUCUUUGGCGCCGCGGAGCCUUCAAUGUGGAGUUCCUCCGGGUUCAGUUUUAUCCCCCAUGCUGUUUUAACAUCUACAUGAAACCGCUGAGUAGGGUCAUCCAGAAUUUUGGAGUACGUUGUCAGCAAUAUGCUGAUGCCACAUAGCUCUUCUUCUCCUUUACAUCUGCAGGUGUGUCAGUGGAUGAGCUGAACCGUUGUCUUGCCUCAGUAAUAAUAAUAAUAAUAAUAAUAAUAAUAAUAAUAGUAAUAGUAAUUUAUUAUUGGUACCCCACCCAUCUGGCUGGGCUUCCCCAGCCACUCUGGGCAGCUUCCAACAAAGAUUAAAAAUACAUUAUGCACUGGAUGAGAGCCAACAAAUUGAAGCUCAGUCCAAAUAAGACUGAGGCUCUGUUAGGGGGUUACACUCCCCCUGAAGGAGCAGGUACGCAGCUUGGGGGUGCUCAGGUGGCCUCAGUGGCAUGGAAUGCCUUCCAUCAGCUUUGGCUGGUUGCCCAGCUGCGCCCCUAUCUGGACAGGGCUAGCCCAAUUUCUGUCAUCUGUACUCUGGUAACCUCUAGCUUAGAUUACUGCAACACAUUCUACAUGGGGCUGCCUCUGAAGGCGGUUCGGAAACUUCAGCUGGUGCAGAUUUCAGCGGCCAGGUUGCUCGGUGAGGCAAGACGGUUUGAGCAUGUUACACUGAUCCUGGUCCAACUGCACUGACCACCAGUUAGCUUUGGGGCCCAAUUCAAAGUGCUGGUUUUGACUUAAGAAGUCUUGAACAGCCCAGGACCAUAAGAGCUGAAGGACUGCCUAUCCCUAUAUGAACCAACUUUUAGAUCGUGCAGCUGUCAUUUGAGGGCCUUCUUUGUGUGCCAUCUGCACAUGGAAACGAGCCUUUUCUGCGAUGGCUCCCUGUUUAUGGAAUGCUCUCCCCAGAAAGGUUUGACUGCCACCUUCGUUACAUAUCUUCAUCCGCUAGUUAAAAACAUCCCUCUUAAGUCUUUGGCCUAUAUGUUGCUUAAUUGGCUAAAGAGUUACGAGGAAUGUUUUUGCCUGGUGGCUAAAGAUAUGUAAUGGGAGGAGAGGUAUUAUUAUCAAUAAUAAUAACAUAUUUUACCAAGUCAGACCCUUGGUCUGUUUAGCUCCAUAUUGUCUACACUGACCGGCAGCAGCUCUCCUCUCUCAGUCCUACCUCCAAAUGCCUGGGACCUUCUGCGUGUAAAGCGGGUGCCCUAUGUCACUAGCUUUAAAAUUAAUACUAAGAUUCUAGUCCUCAUGGUCAUGAUCCAAGAUUUGACUUUAUACUCAGACCCUUAGUUUAGGUAGCUCUGUAUUGUCUAUGCUGGCAGACAGCAUCUCUCUGGGUUUCAGACAGAGUCCCUCCCAGUCCUGCCUGAAGAUGGCAGGGAUUGAACCCAGGACCUUCUGCAUGCAAAGCAGGUGCUCUACCACUGAGCUACCACCUUUCCCCAGGUUAGAUCAGUUAGGCAAAUCAUAGACACAUAGAACUGUAGAGUUGGAAGGGACCCCAGGGGUCAUCUAGUCCAACCCCCUUUCAUUGCUCACAGUGAUCCUAUCAGGAACGGGUCAGGAGGCUGUGGCCCUCCAGCUCUUGCCGGACUACAUCUCCCGCCAUCCUCCCUGACCUUUGGGCAUGCUGGCUGCUGGGAGUUGGAGUCUAGCGAAAGACUUCCGAUAUGCCCCGCCCUUCCUAUAAGGUAGCCCAGCAUCAUUCAUCGCCCAGCGCAGGCAGGUGGUUGUGAAGCGGGUGAGUCAACUGCGACAGAAUGGUGUGGGAUGGCGAAGUGGUUUUCCAGCGCUCGUGGCCCUCUUUGUGUAUGUGAGCACAUGGCUGUGAUAUUCCAGCCUGCAAGAACUCUGGGAGCGAUGACUCUUGUCGCCGCUGCUUCAGAAGCAAACCCCCGGCAGUUGCCACCAUCUCCGUGUGACUCAGUGGCUUGGUUCAGACUUGCCUCUUUGUGUGUGUACAUUAAAAAAAAAAAGUAUACUCAUCCUGCUAAAUUGCCCUUGCACAAGUUCAGCUGUCUGCUCCUCCCCGCCCCCUGUUGAUGCUGCAAAAUUCCCUGGGAUCACUGCCUUCUUGGGUAGAAAUCUAGGGCCUCCUUUUCAGCCGUAUUCAUUUCAAUCACUAUCAUACCACUUUGUUCUGUCCAAAGAAUCAUGGGAGCUGUAGUAUGUUCAGGGUGCUUAAAGCUGUUAGGAGCAGGCCUCAGUUCCCCUUACAGCUGACAGAGUAGUUUAACCACUCCUCAUUAGCAAGACAUGGAAGGCCCCCCCCUUCUGUCUUAUCGUUUGCAUCAUUUUUCAGUUUGCAAAACCUGGUUUAAAACUUGUUUGCGCAAACCCGUUUGGAGGUGGUUUGCAAAAGCCCAUUUCCCCGCUGCGGCCCCCAAGGCAUCCUGGGAAUGUUAGUUCUUUGGAGGAGCUAGGAGUGACUGACAGCAAGAGCCCUGGUUCCCUCAGGAAACUACAGGUUCCAGGAUUCCUUGCUGCAGCUAUAUUUUCCAAUACCCAGAGAGAGGGAUGGAUUGUUAAACCGCUCUAUUAAUUGCCGCUCUGUGAGGGGGAACAAGGGUCUCCUGCUAAUAAUUUUCAGCACCCUGAACAAACUACAGUUCGCAGUGUGUUGGGGGGGAAGCCACGGCUGUUUAAUGUGGAAUUAUAGUGCAUAUGGGGCCCUACCUAUUUCAAAAGUGCCUCCAGCCUCUGGCAUUUCAAAGGUAGACUGCCUCUGCAAGUGGAGGUUGCAUGUAGCAUCGUGACUAUUAGCCUCUCCAGGAUUACAGGCUUCCAAAUUAUUUUCCCGGCCUAGUUCAAGGUCUGGGCUUUGAGCUUUUUAAAGCAGGGGUGUGGGGACCUGUGGCUCUCCACAUCCUGUGGUUGGGCUCUCAGCUCCCAUCAGCCCUAAGAGCCAGUGUGGUCAGGGGGGAUGAUGAUGAUUAUGAUAGCUGGAAUGCAGCAACACCUGACGCGCCAGAGGUUCUCCACCCCUGUAUUAAAGCCCCAAAACAGCCCAGAGGUCACACCAGAGACGCACCGCCUCCAAUCAUGUCCUUUUGUGUCCUUCAAGGCCCUCUGCGGAUACCCUGCUCUCUGCCCUUGGUGGCAGCUUCCAAGAGCAGAGCCUUCUCUGCAGUGACACCCCCCCACCACCAGCAGCACCCUUGUAGAAUUCCUGGCCGAAGUAAGAGGGGACAGCAGCCAAGGAGAGAGAUGUAAGAAAUUAUUGACUUAUUGAAGACUGGAGGGAGCAUGGAGGUGUCUUGGGAAGGGAGGGGAGGAGAUUACAGGCGAAGACCUUGAACAAUGAGGACUAGAAUUUUUAUAUUUAUGCAAAGCAUCAGCACAAGGGGCCUGGGGUUGAUUCAGAGAACUGAGAGACCCUUCGUGCAGCUACCAGAAUCUGUCAGAGUGCGCAAGUUUCUGACGCGUCCAAAGUGCUUUGGGCUGACCGGACAGGAGACUUUUAAUUUAUUUAUUUUUUAGCCUUCCCUGGCUCGGCCUCUGUGGAAAAAGCCUAAUUCCUGUCCAGCGAGUCUUUCCUCUACGCCAAGAAGAGUCCAUGCUUGAAAGAUGGUGAGGGUUUUCCCAACUGCCCUGUUUAAUUUAGGUCUGGAUUGGUGCUGGCUUCAUAGACAGGUGUAAUCCUGUUCUUCACCUGCCCUCCCACCCCAAGGUCCCUGCUUUUCUUGUUGUCGACUUCAGGCUAGGCCUGCUUUCCUUGACCUUUGAAGCGAUUUCUUGACAUGGAGUCGGAGAAGGGAUGGGGGCUGAGGGGAGGUUGCAGGGCUUAACGUAGGCCUCGUAAGCGAAACUUCAACGAGAGCCACGUGUUCUGUCCUUGGGAGGUGGGUAGGCAGCAAAUUCUGCAAAACGCUCAGCCUUGGGGAGGAAAGUAACACCGUUUAAUAGCCACCAGAUGUCUGGAGCUUAUCCUGGCUCUAUCUGGGCUGGUUCCACAAUCCCAGCUUCCAGCUUUCAUGCAAAGCGUAAUUAACUUGGAGAGAUCGCUAAUCCUCUGCCACGGGGUGCAGCCAUUGCCUAGGACAGCUCUUUAAAGCAAUAUAAUAAUAUUUAUUUUUAAGUUUAGCUCUCCUGGGUGGCUGUAAAAGAGCUUUGGGCGAAUACAGGAGAAGGCCACGAGUCACAAUGGCUGUGCGCUGCCUCCAUGGUCGGAUGCAGUAAUGCUUCUGAAUACCAGUUGCUGGAAGCCACGGGAGGAGAAAGGGUUCUUGCACCCGGGUCCUGCUUGUGAGUUUCCCACAGGCCCCUGGGUGGCCACCGCUGGGAUGGGCCGUUGGCCAGCAGGGCUAUCCUUGCGGAGGUCUGUUGUGACAGCAGAACCUCCAUGCCCAAGGAUAAUCUACCUCUGAAUACCAGAUAUUGUGGAAUGACAAUUGGAGAAUACCGGGGCAGUCCGAUCUCACUUGUGGGCUUCCUAUUGGGGCAUCCAGUUGGCCACUGUGAGAACAGGAUCCUGGGCUAGAUGGGCCCCCUUUGGCCUGAUCCAGCAGGCAGGCUCUUCUGAUGUUCCUAACUCCUUUUGGAUGGUUUCACAUCCUUAACUUUGUGUUUUGCAUCAGGUUGCCUCCGAUGCAAAGACCCGUCAAAAUGAAUGUUCGUGUGACUAAGCAAGGGUGGUUAAUUUCAGUGGGUCUACUUGGAGUAAAAUUUAGCUGGGUACAGCCCAUUGACUAUGCUGUCACCCCCCCCCCUUCAGAUAUAUACAGUGGUACCUCGGGUUACAUACGCUUCAGGUUACAGACUCCGCUAACCCAGAAAUAGUACCUCGGGUUAAGAACUUUGCUUCAGGAUGAGAACAGAAACCGUGCUCCAGCAGCGGCGCAGCAGCAGAAGGCCCCAUUAGCUAAAGUGGUGCCUCUGGUUAAGAACAGUUUCAGGUUAAGAACGGACCUCCGGAACGAAUUAAGUACUUAACCCGAGGUACCACUGUACAGUCAUACCUCGGGUUACAGCCGCUUCAGGUUGUGUUUUUUUCAGGUUAUGGACCGCCGAAACCCGGAAGUACCAGAACGGGUUACUUCUGGGUUUCUGUGGUUGCGCAUGCGCAGAAGCGCUGAAUCGCAACCCGUGCGUGCACAGACGCGGGUUGCGAACAUGUAUCCCGCACGGAUCACGUUCGCAACCUGAGCGUCCACUGUAUAUAUUUAAAGCACAAUCUGCUUUGGAUACUCAGAUGAGCAAGGUGAAGAAAAAUGUGGUUAAAUGUGACAGGAGGGCCUGUGUGGGAAUCCCCUGAGAGAUCUUGAGCUGCCUCAUCCUCUGGCAGUGGAGAGCUAAUUGGCUCUUGGCCUCAGGCUGAGCUCCCUGCUGGAAUUCCCCUCCCCGUCCUCUCCUGCUUCCUACCAAACAGGAGCUGCGAAUUUGGGGAGUGACCAUGAGCAAACUGCUUCUCUUCCUCGCCAAAUCCCCCCAAAACGUGGGGAUGAUGACGCUGCCCUGCCUUGCAGGGCUGUUGUAAAGAUUUGCAAGAGAUCCCUUGAGGAAACAGAUAUAUAAAUAUGAUAUAGCUGGGGGGGUGGCUGGGUAAGGCUUCUCUGCAGGGUUCUGUGGUAGAAGUUGCUGUGGGAUGGGUUCUCUGAUUCUCUUUGGGCUUGUUUACUUUGGAAAGCUGCUGCAGUCGUGGAUCCUGGACUACCAAUCCCCUGGUGCUAGUCCCUGGAAUAACCUGAGUCCCCUGAAAGCAGCAGCUCUUCCACAUUUAUUUUAAGCAUUGGUGUGGGAGAGGGAGAGAGGGACAAAAGAUCAUAGAAGGCAAAAUUCCUCUGGGGCUUUUGAUGAGAGAAGCCGGCCGUGCCCAUGGCCCCACCUUACAGUGGUUACAUCACACGCUAAGCAGAUAAAACUGGGUAUUCAUUCCAUCCUUUAAUUAGUAGGGAGUCAUUUAAUUUCGGACCCUGUGACCUGCUAGCGUGUUCUUCGCAGGCUCCAAAUCCUCUCUUGUGUGGCGCUUUGAAUUUGGGAGUGUUAUUGGCAGGAAACUCCUCUAAGUGAAAGCUUCCCUUUUUGGAAAGAAGGGGAUUAAUUCUUCUGCACUCUGUGUGUGUGUGUGUUAAUCUCUGGGCGCGUGAGGAAGCAUAGCUCUGCUGCAGAGACUCUUAACAUUUGAAGAUCACAAGGGAAGGGAUGACGCUCAGGGCCAGAGCAUCUGCUCAGCAUGCAGAAAGUUCAGCCCCCACCAUCUCCAGGACAGGCUCCUUACCUGAAGCCCUGGAGAACCACUGCCCGUCCGUGUAGACAAUACUCAGCCAGUGCGACCAAGGGGCUGACACUGUGAAAGGCAUCUUUCUGUGGUUUCCUGUUAAAUCAGCCCUUUAUUUGCAACCAUGAGGACUAUUUGUUGUUUAGUCGUUUAGUAGUGUCCGCCUCUUUGUGACCCCCUGGACCAGAGCACGCCAGGCACUCCUGUCUUCCACUGCCUCCUGCAGUUUGGUCAAACUCAUGUUCGUAGCUUCGAGAACACUGUCCAACCAUCUUGUCCUCCGUCGUCCCCUUCUCCUUGUGCCCUCCAUCUUUCCCAACAUCAGCGUCUUUUCUAGGGAGACUUCUCUUCUCAUGAGGUGGCCAAAGUCUUGGAGCCUCAGCUUCAGGAUCUGUCCUUCCAGUGAGCACUCAGGGCUGAUUUCCUUCAGAAUGGAUACGUUUGAUCUUCUUGCUGUCCAUGGGACUCUCAAGAGUCUCCUCCAGCACCAGAAUACAAAAGCAUCAAUUCUUCGGCGAUCAGCUUUCUUUAUGGUCCAGCUCUCACUUCCAUACAUCACUACUGGGAAAACCAUAGCUUUGACUAUACGGAUCUUUGUUGGCAAGGUGAUGUCUCUACUUUUUAAGAUGCUGUCUAGGUUUGUCAUUGCUUUUCUCCCAAGAAGCAGGCGUCUUUUAAUUUUGUGGCUGCUGUCACCAUCUGGAGCCCAAGAAAGUAAAAUCUCUCACUGCCUCCAUUUCUUCCCCUUCUGUUUGCCAGGAGGUGAUGGGACCAGUGGCCAUGAUCUUCGUUUUUUUGAUGUUGAGCUUCAGACCAUAUUUUGCGCUCUCCUCUUUCACCCUCAUUAAAAGGUUCUUUAAUUCCUCCUCACUUUCUGCCAUCGAAUUAUCUUUUGGGGAAGGACAGCAGUGAGCACCUGCACCGAAUGCAGAAGGCCCCAGGUUCAAAGCCCAGUGGCACCUCGGAAAGACUCCCUCUUUAAACCCCUGGAGAGAUUCUGCCCCUGAGUGUCAGCAGCACUGAGCUUAGUUGGACUCUAGGGUCUGAGUUGGUGCUGGGAGCUUUCUGCAUCCCAGGAACUCGCAGGUUCUGGCUUCAAGUCAGUAGCCAGCUGUUGACCUCUGCUUGCCACAGACCCUUUUAUUUGCCUGAUAGAUUUGUGGCUGUCAGGUGGGGCCUCUCCAUCCUCUCCUCUGGGCUUACUGCCAUCCUUCCCAGAUCUUCCCACUUCCUUCACCUGCGUUCGGUUCACCUGCCUCUACAUCUGCACCUGUCCUUUGAGGCUCUUGACACUUCUCCACGUGUUGACCAAGUUCUCUUUGCUUGCCAGUUCCUUUCCGUGCAGCCCACUUCGCUUGCCUUUCCUCUCCUCUGGGCUUUGCAUCCAUGGGGAGCUCCCCCCCCCCCCCGCGUCUACAUCUCAGUUAAUUUACUUCCCGGAACACGGACUUUUAAUUGCUCCUCUCAGAAGUCUUCCUUCUUGCAAAAUGACUCGUCCUGCCAAGACUCCAGUGCCUAAAUUUCAGCCUCUUUUACUUUGCUGCCUAAGUGUGACAUUGUGUUUUGUUUUGUUUUUUAAAAAAUAUUAGUUAAGUCAUGAAGGCUUUUCAUUAACUACACAGCAUGAUGAAUAAAUAGCAGAAAUGAGGGGGAGAUGUUUAAAUUCUGCUUCCUGCAAAUGGCUUCUUUGGGGUUUGUUCACAGAUGGCAGGGGUGGGGGCCGAAUGGGGCCCUGCAACUCUCUCUGUUUGCCCCUUGUUUAAUAAAACUCCGAUGGACUCCCUUAAUGGUCUUCUGAUCCCCCCCCCAACACCUCUCUUAAUUUCUCUUUCCCCCCCCGCUCCAAAUUUGUUAGUGCUGCUAUGUGGCGGGGGGGGAGCAGAGGAGUGUCUGGACACUGGCACAACACAGUUUCUAUCCUAUGCCGAAGAUGCCUCUCUUUGUUCUGGUCUUGGGGUGCACAUAUGUUCUAGGACCUAAUCCAUGGGUAGGCAAACUAAGACCCGGGGGCCAGAUCCGUCCCAAUUGCCUUCUAAAUUUGGCCCGCGGAUUGUCUGGGAAUCAGCAUGUUUUUACAUGAGUAGAAUGUGUCCUUUUAUUUAAAAUGCAUCUCUGGGUUAUUUGUGGGGCAUAGGAAUUCGUUCAUGCCCCCCCCAAAUAAUGUGGCCCCCCACAAGGUCUGAGGGACAGUGGACAGGCCCCCUGCUGAACAAGUUUGCUGACCCCUGACCUAACCUGUUGCUGUAAUUUGUUUAGAACUUUUUAAAUGCUGUGUUUCUUUUUUUUAAAAAAAAUCAUUUUUAUUGAUUUUCCAAUAAAAAACAUCCAAUUAAUAUAUCCAAUCAUAAUACUCCAAUUAAAAUAAAAAAGACCAAAUUAUAGUCCAAAUUAUAAUUAUUAAUUUUUCGGAGCUCCCCAUGGUCUGGAUCUUUGAAGCAUAUCUCCACAUCUCAGUCCUGCCUCUCCUUGUUUCCAUAUUUUCCACAUCUCAAUUUUGACGCUUUAUUUAAAUGCUGCGUUUCAAAGUGUUGCAACCUGCCCUGGAACCUUAGCUUGAAGGGCGGGCAAUAAAAUUAUUAUUAAUUGUAAUAUUUAUUUAUUCAUUGCAUUCAUAUUUCACCUUUUUUUUUUUUUAAUCCAAAGAGCUCGAAGUGGUAUAUGUGGUUCUCCCCUGCCCACCUCAUUUAAUCCCUGCCACAACCCUAUGAGGCAGGUUAGGCUGAGAGAGGUAGCAACUUUCCCCCAAAGUCACACCCAGUGAGCUUCAUGAGGCAGAGUGGGGGGAUUUGAACCUUAGUCUCGCCCUGGUCCUGGUCUGACACUAACCACUAUGCCGCCACCAGAGGCUCUUGCUGACAGGGCUGGGUCCAGUCAGUAAAGUGCACGCAGCUCACACCAGGAAAUCGAAAUGGUAAGCCGCUAGACUACAGAUUCGUUAGACACUUGCAGCGAACAGAGACUGCUGCCUGUCAGCCUACAUGCUUUUCCCGUUCCAGUACCAUUAAACUAAUCCUGUUAACGACUUCUCGGUCUGGUACGACCUAUGUGGUGGACCUGUGCUGGAUCUACGGAGCGGUGGGGGAGAUUUUAGUAUUUAAACAGCGCCUUCUUGCUGCACAGGCCACAUUCUUAGUUCUGGGACGGCCACAAGUUGAGUCACCAGAUUCCAAAAUGGCGCAGCUGCUUUCGUAAGGCUGCUCUGGGACCAAAAUUACUACAUUCAUUUUUUUACAUCCCACCAUUUUCUCAUACUGAGACUUCAGGCGGCGUACACAAAUUAAAACAACACAGAUAAAAUACAGGACACUGAAAACAUAUAAAAAAUAAUAGUAAAAAUAAAUUAAAGCAUAAUAGAAUUAACGCAACAUCAAAACAGAUAUGUUAAAAUAUAGAUAGUAAAUUCAUCACAGCACUAUUUAAAAUCCAGGCAGUUCCCGAAGACCUGUUGGAAUAAAACAGUAUCCACCUGCUGGCUGAAGGACAGCAAAGAGGGUGUCUGUCUGGCUUCUCUAGGGAAGGAGUUUCAAAGUCAGGGAGCCACCACCAAAAAGGCCUGCCUUCUCCCACCAAAUGUGCUUCUGAUGGUGGCAGGAUGGAAAGAAGGAUACAGUGGUACCUCUGGUUACGAACUUAAUUUGUUCCGGAGGUCCAUUCCUAAGCUGAAACCGUUCUUAUCCUGGGGCGCGCUUUCACUAAUGGGGCCUCCCGUUGCGCGCGUGCCUCUGGUGUGCAAUUUCCAUUUGCAUCCUGGGUCAAAGUUCACAACCAGGAGCAGCUGCUUCCAGGUGAGCAGAGCUCGUAACCUGAAGCAUUCGUAACCAGAGGGACCACUGUAUGUUAUGAAGAGGUAGCAGCCCGCAGCCUCUGCCCACAUCGUGAGAGAAGUAUUCCCACUCUCUCCCUGCCUUCCACACUCCAGGAGUCUCCGGCAGUUUCCCAGAGGUUAGAGAAGCUUUAAGCGCACAUAUGUGGCCAGCGGUAAAAAAAGGAGGGCAGCCUCUUUAUGCUCUACAGUUAAUUUUUUAAGAAGCUUCUGCCGCCUUCUGCUGUGGCAAGAAUGGGUGUCAAAAGUGGGAUUUGAAUCCUAGCCGUGCUCUGUACAUUGGGCCACAAUCUCUCUCGUCAAGUGGGAAAGCAAAUCUGCUUUAGGCAGCCUUGUCAAAAUGCUGGUCAUCUGUGGUGAGUCAGAAAUUGUUUCUGGUGACCAAGGAGGAGGAACGUUGGCACUCAUCCCACCCCCCUUUUUAGUCUACAGAUGACUGGGAUAGGUCUAUGCCCUAGCAAUCUUGUGGCCUUUUCCCAGCCUGUAUUUGCUGCAAAAGAAUCCUCUUUCUAUGAAUAACCAUAGUCUUGGUGGUGGAAUGUGAAACGGGAUCGUCCGUUUGUUUGUUUUUAAGCACUGAAAUACAGGCUGUAUUUAGCAGGGCCACAGCUCAGCGAUAAUCUGCUUUGUGUGCACAAGGUCCCAGGUUCAAUCCCUUGCAGCGUUUCCAGGCAAGGCUGGAAAUGUUCCCUGCCAGUCAGUGUAGUCAAUACUGAGCCAGAUGUACCUAUUAAACCAGACUGUUAUUUGCAACCAUGAGGACUAGAGUCUUAGUUUGCCUUUUGGGGAAGGACGCAAGUUCCUCGAGAGAACACCUGCGUUGCUGCGUAAGGCCAGCACUCUGUGCUCCCAGGCUGCCUGAUGAGCGCACAUUCUCUUUUAAUUCCCUCUCCCGGUUUGCUUUGCAGCUUUGAAAGAGCACAGACCCGCCUUGGAUAUGAGUGACUCCGACGCAGACGUGCCGCCGCCAGGGGAGGAGGAAGAGGAGGAGGCGGCGCUGGCUGCAGCGGUGCUGCCGCCCCCAGGAAAUGGCGGGGUGGCGGCCCUGGGGGUCAUCACGGAAGGCGUGGGCGAGCUGGCGGUCAUUGACCCCGAGGUGGCCAAGAAGGCCUGCGAGGAGGUGCUGGAGAAGGUCAAGCUGAUGCAUUGCAUCUCUCCCGACGGGUCCAUCCAGCUGAAGGACGGCAGCGCAGGCGCGGCUCGCCAGCCCGGCCUGGCCCUGCUGAACGGCAGCCCCGGCGAGUGCUGCGAGAUCAAGUGCCUGGACGACCCUCCGGACAAGAUCCAGGAGGAGGAGCAGCAGCACGCGGCCAACUCGGUCAAGAGCGCCCGGCGGCGCCAGAAGAACAACUCGGCCAAGCAGUCGUGGCUGCUGCGCCUGUUCGAGUCGAAGCUCUUCGACAUCUCCAUGGCGAUCUCGUACCUGUACAACUCGAAGGAGCCCGGCGUGCAGGCGUACAUUGGCAACCGGCUCUUCUGCUUCCGCAACGAGGACGUGGACUUCUACCUGCCGCAGCUGCUGAACAUGUAUAUCCACAUGGACGAGGACGUGGGCGACGCCAUCAAGCCCUACAUCGUCCACCGCUGCCGGCAGAGCAUCAACUUCUCCCUGCAGUGCGCCCUCCUGCUGGGCGCCUACUCCUCGGACAUGCACAUCUCCACCCAGCGCCACUCCCGCGGGACCAAGCUGCGGAAGCUCAUCCUCUCCGACGAGCUCAAGCCGGCCCACCGCAAGAGGGAGCUGCCGGCCCUCGGCCCGGCCCCCGAGGCGGGGCUCUCCCCCUCCAAAAGGACUCACCAGAGGUCCAAGUCGGACGCCACUGUCGGCAUCCACCUCAGCAGCAACCUGAAGAGGACCGCUAGCAACCCCAAAGUGGAGAACGACGACGAGGUAACGUGGGGCAAGGGGCGUCCCCGGAUUCACGGGGCAGGGGGAUAGGUUACUGGGGUAUUCAGUUUUUAAUCUUUGUGAAAACGAACGUAUCAGGAGAGGGGAAAUUCUGCCUAGGGUGGGCUUCCAGCUCUGUGGCAAGUUGGUAGGCAGAGGCCAUUCUCGUGCCAGAGAGCUGGGCAUAAGGUAAGACAUGCGCCAACCAGGUUGUGGCUGCUUUCCUGGCUCAGCUUUGUCCUCCACCUUUUGGAGUCCUGCCUGAUUUCGCUGCCAGCUUUCAUGCAGAUCCAACGUGGGACGGGGCAGCUCCAUUUCUGCUGCUUAUCAAGGGACCGCUUGAUCUCGAGCAUCUCUUGGGAUGAUGUAAUCAGGCGUUGCCAACCAGUCCCCCUGAUAGCGGUAGAGGAAAAGUAAAAGGCCAGGGGGCACAUGUGUGUUGCCCUGAUCGCCCACCAUUGCCUCCAAUCGUGUGUUUACAGUUUUUAUAUAUGUACCCUGUUCCUAAAGGGUCUUACAGUCGAAAAUCCACACGUAUUGGGGCAGCCUUGAGAAGGGCUGUGGGCCUGGGGUGUAACACCUGAUGGGCAUGCAGAGUGUCCCAGUUUCCACCCCUGGCAUCUCCAGGUAGGGCUGGGAACAUCCCCUGCUUGAAAACCCUGGAGAGCUGCUGCCAUUCAGCAUGCUGGCAGGACUAUGGGUCUAACUCCUUCUAAGGCAGCUUCUUGUGUUCCUUCCCCACCAUGACACCUUCCAGAUGUUUCAGGCUCCCAGCCGUAUUGUUUGCUCCAGGCCAGUGGUGCCGGCUGGGUUGAUGGGAGCUGUGAGCCUGAAACAUCUGGGGAAGGCCGUGCUAGAUAAGGAGAUGCUUACAGGAGUCGGCGUCAUUAAUAUGACAUAUUGGGAAUAUGUGGGUGAGGUUCUAGGCCUCCCGCUCUGAGGAAUGGGGUAAGUGGUCCUGGGGGUGGGUGAUGGGGAAGAUGGCAAUCCCAGGGGGCAGCUGCGCUCACCAUCCGGAGAGUCUUCUAGCCCCUGGCUAGCCACUGAUUGACAGUGCCAUGGGACAGUGGGCGGGACCUAGUUUCAGCUCCGCCUCUACAGUCGAUAAAGCCGUCUUGGCGCCAGUAUUUUGUUCUCUCCAUGAAUUCUCUCUUCCACCCGGUGGUGUUGGCGGUGUGAUUUCUCUCUUUUGGGAAACAAACAAAAAAAUGUGCAGAAAAGAAACUUUGAAGCCCAGAGUAUUAAUUUGCUUGGAUUUCCUUGCCAAAAGUGGUGAUAGAUCUUGACUGAGAUAGAGAGAGGGAACAUAAGGUCCUGUGUGUUCCAUGGCGAAAUCCCACCACAAAUCCUCUUGGGUUUUUACGGAGACAGGGAUGGCGGGCAUCUGUGGCCUUCCAGGUGUUCCUGGACUGCCACUCCCAUCGUCCCUCAUGGUUGGCUAUGCUGGCAGCUGGGGCUGAAGGGAAUUGGGGGUCCCAGCCACACCUGAAGGCUCCCCAGUCUUGCAGUAGAGGGGAACAAAUGUAUCCAGGGGUAUUCAUGGAAUUAUGAUCUAGUUUUGCAUGUUGUGGUUUUUAAUCCCAAGCUGCUUCCAAGGAGCUCGGGGGGAGCGGGGUAUGUGGCUCCUCCCUAUCCUUUCAUGUGGACCCUCACAACAACCCUGUGAGGUAGGCUAGGCCUAAGAGGUCCUCCAAGGAGCUUACUGGCCAGGCAGGGGUAUAAACCCACGUCUUGCUGGUCCAACGCUCUCGAGCAGCCGAUGUGGUGCCUUUCAGAUGUUGUUUGGCUACAACUCCCAUCAUUCCUCACCCUCAUUUAUUAUAAUUAAUAAAACGGGCUCCCAGCCCGACCCAGAGCAAGAUCCUUUCCACCGUCUGCCUUUAUUAAAGAAGAAAAACUGUUGAAAGAAUUAAAAAGUGGAGGAAAGAGAUUGUGCUGGGGGUGGAUACCGAAUGCUACACCAGCUGCUGAAUCUCAAUGGGUGUGGACAUAGUGAAAGACCCUGGGGAUUCCCAUGCUUGUGGGGCGGGGGAACAAAAGUUGGAGAGCUUUAAAUCAUGGGUGGGGAACCCUUUUUUGGCUCCGCGGACCAGAUCCUUAUCAGGACCAGCCUCCAGGGGCCAAAUUUGGUGUCAAAUACGUGACAUCAUUUUGGCGUCAUGUGAUUGACAAGUGGGAGCUGUAUGGAGCUGCUGGAUGUGCCUGUUCUGGCGUCCAGAUGUGCUGCUGUGGUUGUCUCUGCCAGACCGCAAUCUCUCUCUCUUUCCAGCCCUCGAUCUGGCAAAACAUUGGUCCGUGAACUCAGCCGCCAGAGGCGAGCCAAGAGGUCUACUUUCACUCUCCCUUUCUUUCUCUCUCUCCUACCCCCUUGGCGCACGUUGUUGGAGAUCAUCCGAGCAGAAACUCUGGGGUGGAAUUUCAGUAUCGCCGGAGCAGCAAAUGAAUACUUAAUGCGUCAGAACUUUCCCUGUCUCUCCGUAGACUCGGGCUUGCGUCAGACGCGGUUGCCAAGUGCUCUUGGCGCAGCUGUUCUUUGGGCGUGGGGCAUUUGAGAGAUGUGGGGGUCCCGUGAUAAAGCCUAGGUGGAAGUAAGGGGAUAGGUUCGCUGGGAUUUUGUGAUAGAACUGGGUAACUGUGCGGUAUCUACUUAGGACCUCGUGGUUCCAUAAGAACAUCAGAAGGGCCUGGCUGCUGGAUCAGGCCAAAGGGGGCCUAACCUGUCCAGCCUCCUUCUCUCACAGUGGCCAAGCAGAUGCCCCAAAGGUGCAGCAGCAGCAACUCUCCCCGCCUGCGAAUCCCAGUUACUUUUUGUUAAUCCUCAUCCUCCCAGAGUGGGGCGUACACAGCCAUCGUGAUCAGCAGCCUUUGAUAGCCUUAUUCUCCAUGAAUUUGUCUAAUCUGCUUUUAAAGAUGGGGAACGUGCUUGAAAUGCCGAGUUAGCAGGAGCCGGCCUCAAGUUUUUUAGCGUGUGCAGUGAAUAAAAGAAAUUCCAGAAAUUUCUUUUUCAGGCGUUGAGCUGCAUGGAAUUCUUCUGAGCCUAUGCAUGUGGAGAAACCAGGCUUCUUUCCUCCCCUCUUCUCGAAUGCAUAGGCUCUUCUCUCAUUUUGUAAAAUCACCUUUCCACCCAUGAAAUCUCAGUUGCGUGCAUGGGAGAGGUAUAGCUGAUCCUGCCCACACAACAACCUUGCGAGGUAGGCUGGUACGCGAGAUGCGCAGCCGAUUGGCUUCGCAUUCGGAAGCCGGCACUCUGCCAAGUGCUGCAUGCUGACUUGGGGCGCGAAGGCGAUCUUCCCCAGACCGUCCCGGCCAAGCCAGAACAAUUGACCACCCUAUUACGCUCUCGAUUCCCAGGCUUGUCUUCCAGAUGGCUCCAAAGGCGGCUCACAGAGCCCUUCCCACUCCCUGCCGCUUCAUUGUUCGCAGGGGAACAAUGGGCUGAUAGAAAGCCGGGAGCUCGGAGGCCGCCGGUUGCCCAGGAUGAUCCCAGCCACUCGCCAACUGGAAACCGGAGCCCGGAAUGCUUAUUAAUUCACGCAGGGCUGGAUUUCUCCUGGUGACAUGCGGAGAGUCUUCUGGGCCCGAAGUGCCGCAAGAGAUGUUCUGAGGAAAAUGUGGGAAGUGCUGAGGCUGAGGCUGAGCACUUCUUAAAAUUGCAGUUCUGGUUGCCUCACCUCAAAAGGGAUAUUGUAGUGUUGGAAGAGAGAGGGGAGGGGUGCAACUCCCCUAUAGAGAGAGGUUGCAGUUUGGGGACUUCUGAGUUUAGAGAAAAGGCGAGUAAGGGGCAACAUGAUAGAAGUUUAUAAAACUAUGCAUAGCAUGGAGAGAGAGAAAUUUGUUUUGCAUUUUGUUUUGUUUUGUUGGGAAACCCUUUUAUUUACACGCAAGACACAGGCCUUCCCAAAUCCCCUUACUUCAGAGGAAUGAACCGAGAGGAGUGGGUGGCCCCGAUUCCAGGUCGGCCGUGCUUAACGGGCUUGUAAGUGAUGGAGAACUCUCCCAAAUUGUGGCCAAUCACUUCAGGCUUGAUUUCCACCUGGUUGAAGGUCUUCCCAUUGUACACGCCUGCCAUGCUGCCCACCAUUUCCAGAAGGAUAAUCGUGUCUCGCAGGUGGGUCUUGACCACCUCAGGCUUCUCCAUGGGCAGGGCCUCUUUCUUGGCCUUGCGCAGCCGCUUGAGGAGGGAGUGCUGCUUGCGGCGCAGGCCGCGGUUGAGCCGCCGGCGGUGGCGGGCACUGUAUAGCUGCAUCAGCUGCUCGUAGGACAUGUCGAGGAGCUGGUCCAGGUCAACACCCCGAUAGGUGAACUUCCAGAAAGUACGCUUCUUCUUCUUCUUCUGCUUCACUUCCGCCAUCUUGCCCGCAGUCUCCGCCAGGAAAAAAAAGUGUGAGAGAGAAAUAUUUUACCUCUCCCAUGACACUAGAACUCAGUGACACCCUGAAUGCUGGAAGAGUGAGGAUACUUAAAUUAAAGGACUUCUUCACGCAGCACAGAGUUAAACGGUGGAACUCCCUGCCACAGGAGGGAGUGAUGGCCACCAACCUAGAUGGCUUUAAAAGAGCAUUAGACAAAUUUGUGGAGGAGGAGAGGGCUAAUGACGGCUACCAGCCAUGAUGGCUGUGCUCUGCCUCCAGUUGGAGGAAGCAGUGCUUCUCCAUACCAGUGACUGGAGGCCGAAGGAGAGGAGAGGGCUCUUGCGAUUGGAUCCUGCUUCUGAGUUGUCUAUUGAGGCAUCUGUUUGGUCACUGUGGGGACAGGAUGCUGUGCAAAUGGUGUGGGAAUGUUGAGGGUGGCAGGAGAGGAUAUAUUGAUUAUUAAUAUCCGUCCUAAUUCACACUGGCAAGUUACUUUAUAUAGCAGAGUGCGUUCCCCUUCUUACGCAGCAGAAAGCUGGUUGAAAACUUGUGUGAGUCUCUUAAGACAACAAACAAUUCAAUCUGGCUUGCCCAGAUUGAGAUAUGUUCUGUUAUUCCUGGUAAGACCCCUUUGAUCCCUCCUAAAAGAAUAAAAUGGGAUGUGGGUGGCGCUGUGGGUUAAACCACUGUGCCACUUGGGCUUGCCGGUCGAAAGGUCGGCGGUUUGAAUCCCCACGACGGGGUGAGCUCUCGUUGCUCGGUCCCAGCUCCUGCCAACCUAGCAGUUCAAAAGCAUGCAGCGCAAGUAGAUAAAUAGGUACCGCUCCAGCAGGAAGGUAAACGGCGUUUCCGUGUGCUGCUCUGGUUUUGCCAGAAGCGGCUUAGUCAUGCUGGCCACAUGACCUGGAGAAACUGUCUGUGGAAGCGGAAAACGCUGGCUCCCUCGGCCUGUAAAGCGAGAAGAGCGCCGCAACCCCAGAGUCGUUCGCGACUGGACUUGUCAGGGGUCCCUUUACGUUUACCUAAAAGAAUAAAGACACAAGUCUUAUUUAUAAGUAACAAAAAAAGUAGUUUUACUUGUGAUCAGGCAGAGCACAGUGUGAUCCCUGAAGCAAAGCUUUAGGCUUAAAGUUACAAACAUGGACAAACAGGUUUACCCCAUAGGGGAGAUAACCUGGGGGACUGCUGGCGGCCAGCAGUCCAGUCCAGGUGAAUUAGGAAGUUCGCAGGACGAAAAAGAAGAUCAAAGAGAGGGAGGUGGCUGCGUGACUUGGCCUUUUACAAGGUCUGAAAGGUCACGCCCCCCUACUAGUCACACGCAAGGAAGGAUGCUCCAGGCCAGGAGGAACAGGAAGUUUCGACUGGCUGGACCAACUCUAGCAUGACCACUCUAGCAAAACAGGUAAUGUUGUACUUGACUGCUCCCAGUGGAUUACAACCCACAGAUGGGACAUUAGCCUGAUCCAGCUGCCUCUUCUUACGUUCUUAUGCUUUGGCUGGUCUGAGCACCUCUUAAUAUUACCCCUUAGUCUCAUCACCUCUUAAAAUGCACAUUUUAGCACGCAAAUUGCUAACUCCAUUAGCAUUGACUACUUUGGCAAGAGUCUGCCUCUCGCUUGAGCUGGACCUGGUGGAUCUGGAGGCUUCCUGUGAUUCCUUUUUCCUAAUAAUCUACCAUUGUGGCAAGGGAUCCUCAUAUUACUUGCUUCGGUUUAUGACAGGGAGGGAAUCCCUGCCCACUGUACUGGCUCUUCUGUUACGUAUAUGUGUGUCUGUCUUGCCCCUACGAAUGCACCCUUCCCCUCCUCUGACAACUUUCCGCCGAGCUAGUGAAAGCCUUAGCCAGAAAGCAGUAGGCUUGCCGUGAUUUAAUUCAGUGGCUGGACCUCUGGGCGCGUCAUUCCCCUCUCUCCAGCCCUUGGACCUCUCCCCGGCCCCCCACUCUUCUCGCUGGCAGGGCUGUGGGCCCCCCUUGAGUGCCUUCACUUAGCUGGAACAUGUCCUUGAACUACGAUAUUUGGCUGGAGAGGUGCGUCUGCAUGCAGGGGAAGUACGAAAGCCUCUUAACUUUUUGCACAGCUGGGGUGUAGGCCUACUGUGCAGAGGUAAGAGCUGCCUCUGUCGCCCUGCCUCCUUUCUCCUCUGGCCCCCGCCCACCGCUGGCACACGGCCUCCCGAAGCUUGCCAAGAAGGAAAUGCGGCCCUCGUGACUGAAAAGGCUUCUUCAAGGAAGGAGGAUUCUCAGCCAGGAGCAAAAGGCAGAUGAAGAGUCUACCAGGAGAUCUCUGGGCAGUUGGCAGCUGAAAAGCUCCUGCUUCAGUUGUGAGCGGAUACCAGGUGUGGGUUUUUCCUUCCACGGAAGGGCUUUGCAUGCCAGGCUCUGGGCUCAAAAGGCAUUCUCUGCCCCUCAGCGCCAUCGGUGCAUGUGCCCAUCUGAGCCACUGUUUUGAAAUCUGCUUCUCAGCAGCAACAGAUCCUGCAAUCCUGAUGUCUGCCCACUUUAAAGUACAGCAGUACCUCAGGUUACAUACGCUUCAGGUUACAGACUCCACUAACCCAGAAAUAGUGCUUCAGGUUAAGAACUUUGCUUCAGGAUGAGAACAGAAACCGUGCUCCAGCGGCGCGGCAGCAGCAGGAGGCCCCAUUAGCUAAAGUGGUGCUUAAGGUUAAGAACAGUUUCAGCUUAAGAACGGACCUCCGAAACGAAUUAAGUACUUAACCCGAGGUACCACUGUAUUGCAGAGUUACCAAAUGAGGACGGUCUAUUUUUCUUCACUUUUUUAAAAAAGCCUUAAGAACAGAAACUUGAGCUUCUCUCUCUCUCUCUCUCUCUCUGUCUCUCUGUCUCGCUGUGGCAUUUGCACCUGGGCAGGUAAUAUUGCAGGGGGUGCUGGAGGAGGAGCCACUUGUGUCCUGCCAGGAAAUCCUUGCUGUGUAACAUGAGAGCGCUUCGGAACCUGCUUUGUGGUGACACAACAGGCAGGCGUUUUGUGUGUGUGUUUGGCAGAGCUGGGCAACCUUUGCGCAAGGAACGCUCCCCUUGCUCUGAGGUCUCUGUGGCAACUGGGUGAGAGUGACUCAGGAUGAUUCAGGCACUGACAAGUGGAGACUGGGGGAAUAUCGACAUCACUGCAGAGGUUUCCUGUUUGGGUUUGGAAACCAGGUGAAAUCGGACAAGGGCUUCCGCCGUCUCUGAUCCCUUGUGAAGAGGCCUUUUUAAUGUCAAGAUGGGCAGGCCUGCAGCCAAUCAGCUCAGCAGGGAGGGAUAUACAUCUCCAAUCUGUUCAGUCAGAGAAUCAUAGAAUUGUAGAUUCCUGAUGAGCAUUCUUUAACACACAUUUUCUUACUCAUUCAUUCAUUCUUUCACAUGCAACAGCAUUAAUCCAAGGGAAGAAAUGGAAGUGAUAAAAAAUUGUUCAAUAAUGGAAACUUGAUAGUACAUAUUGCUUUCCUGAUAUACAUAAAACCUUCAUAUCAUUAUACAAGAACGCAUUAUGCUAUGCCUAAUCAAGUGUGUGGGUUUGCAUUUUCCUGUCCUUUAUUACACCAGUUCAAGAUAAAAAGCUUUUUUCUUUUUAACCAUACUGGUGUGUUUAUUUAUUUGUUUAUUUUAUUUCAGGACAUUUAUACACUGCUUGAUUGUAAAAACAAAAACCCUCGCAGUGGUUUGCCAUUAUGAAUGCAUUUGCCUCCUGGGUUCCUUCAGGAGGAAUGGUGGGAUUUAUUAUUAUUUUAAGGGGUUGGACUAGAUGACCCUCAGGGUCCCCUUCCAACUCUGAUUCUGUGACAUAAAGCUGCUGUCUAUGAGAGGUCUCAAAGUCCUCUGUGGGGUGUCAUACACUGUGUGGGCUUUGUGUGUGUCUGUGAAGGAAGCGCAGUGUCCCCUUCCUCCCCUUUUUAAAGUCUGAUCAUUUUACAUUUUUCUAAUGGGCCCAACAGCUACUCCUUUCUCCUGGCCUCGUUCAAUUUUUUAUUUUAUUUUUUUUUUGGCCCUUUGAACAUAAAAGAAGAAUUCCAACCAUUUCUGUCCCCUUGGUGACUUGGCCAGACUUCCUCCGUCUGGCUUCUAUGCCUGCUUCUGUUUUCCAUAAACGGGGGGGGGGGGGGGAGCGGUCCUCAUCGCGUGAUUUGGCCCAGUUUUUGGUACUCUUGGAAAUGACACCCUCUUCCUUGCGCACGCAUAACAAAGCCUAUCCCUGUGCUGGGGAGAAAAGCAUCGUCAGCGAACCCAAAGCCAGGAUGGGGGGAGCAGUCGGCCAUUCAUCUCCUCUCGACUCGCCCCCGCGACGACCGCAAGCGGAAAACCAUCAUUAAUAGAGCGCCGUAAAUGUGGGGCGAAGUCCAUCCAGCCAUUGCUGCGUCAGUUCUGCAGGAGAUAAUCUUAAUACAUAGGCCAGGCUUUCUCAAACUCAGCCCUCUGGAUGUUUUUGGCCCACAACUCCCAUCAUCCCUAGCUAGCAGGACCAGUGGUCAGGGAUGAUGGGAAUUGUAGUCUCAAAACAUCUGGAGGGCUGAGGUUGAGGAAGCCUGACAUAGGCUCUUUGGAUGAGAGAACGAUGGAUAUUGUGGCCAGUCCAUGUGAACAGGAUGGACUGUCCCAUCCACAGAAUGGGUCCCUUCCAACCGUUCAGUGAUUCUAUGAAUUUAUUAGCUGUGGAUGGAGAGAAAUCCUGUCUUCUGUGAUUCCUGCAUUGGACUAGAGCAGGCAUAGGCAAACUCUGGCCCUUCAGAUGUUUGGGACUACAAUUCCCAUCAUCCCCAGCUAACAGGACCAGUGGUCAGGGAUGAUGGGAAUUGUAGUCCCAAACAUCUGGAGGGCCAGAGUUUGCCUAUGCCUGGACUAGAGGACCUUUGGGGGUCCCUUCCAACUCUACAAUUCUAUAUAUAUAAACACACCUUUCCUCUUGGCAUCAACACUGUCUUUUCCUCUCCCUUUUCCCUAUGCUGACUUGCUUCUUACACUCCUCACCAUUUCCCGCAUUUGGAAAUAGCUGUGCUGAGACCUAGCAUAGUUUCCCCCAGCCGUCUCAAAUAAAAAGGUAAUGGCGAGCUUAAAGGGAUGCAGAAAAACAUGUGCAUGUAUGUGGAAUGCCUCCCCAGUGAGGAAAGGUCAAAGUUUCUCCCCUGCAUGCUCAGGUUGGGAAGGGAGGAAGCGACUGGAAGAUUGGAGAACACAACAGAGGUGUACAAAAUUAUGCCUAGCGAGGAAAGCGUGCAAAGCCCUUCUGUGUUGGAUUGCCUGGAGGCCUUUGAGAGUCGCCCCAGGUGACCAGGCGGCCUGACUGUUUGAAGCCUGUGCUAGAUAGCCCCUGGUGUUGGUUUCAGCCGAAUGACUCUGGGUUCAGAGGUGGGGAACAUUUCUGGCCCUCCAGAUGUUGCUCAGCUCCCAAUUCCGAUCAGCCCUGGCAGCCAGCAUGACCAGUGGUUGGGGAUGGGAGCUGCAGUCCAGCAGCAGUUUCCACACUUCUGCUGUAGGCUGGCAGAGAGACAGAGUCCUUUCCAGGGUGGUUCAUCCUACUGGGGAAAAAAGAAGUGAUGUGAUUAAGGGAAAAUUGUCAAAACAACCACUCUGCCCACUUUUGGUUUCACUUUGGUUUUCUUAAGGUGAGUUCUCUCUCUCCUCCUCUUGUUUUUAUCGUUAUUACUGGUUUUACAUCUUAGUAAGCUUUGGCUCUGAUGAAACCCUGGCCUCUUUUCGUAAAAAAAAAAAAGUGACACAGUUGACUUGCCCUAAAAGGCUUUUAAAACUCCCUUUUCUUCACAUGCAAAAUGGGAGGGGGCGUGAGAUUAAUGAUGGGGAGGAUAUAACACAGCCUGAGAAUCUCCCACUUCUCUUUGUCUGUUUCUCACUUUUGUAGAACUUCUCCCCCCCCCCGCCAUCCUCCUUCUAACAGAAUUGCUCCCUGUUCAGCACCGACCUGUUCCACCUGUUGCAAACGGGUUAUUUUAUAGUUUUAUUACCUUGCUGUCCAUCCAGGGUGUUGCCUGCGUUUUCCUCCCCAAAACCCACCAUUCUGUUCUCACAAGCGACUGUCCCAAGGACACCCAGUGGGCUUUGCGCCCUGCCUCGUAUUAAGCUGAAGGAUCUGUCCCAGAAGAGAUCCUGGGAGCUGCUGUUCCGGAGUGGAUCUGGGUAUCUAGUCUCUAAAAUCCUCAGCGCCUCUGCCAAGCCUCCAGUAUCCAGGAAGGCAUUUUGGAAAGCAGGCAACCUCUGGGGGGGGGGGGGAGAGAGAUUGUUCAACCUGUAGGCAUUAAGCCUUUCCUGCUGCCUUCCAUGGCAUCCAAGUGUCUUAAUUAUUCCGCAUUAACUUAAAGAAUUUGUGGGCUCCAGGGAGCACUGCUAGCUCAGAUAACCUUCAAAUAAGAUCAUAGGACAGGUUUGUCAACUGCUUGUAGCCUGGAUGGCUUAAAUCAGGGAUGGGGAGCUUUGGCCCUUCCCAGAUGUUGUUAGUCGGGGAGUCGCAGCUCUGCAGCGUUCAGAAGACGACGCAGUUGCACUGGCUUCCAGAAUGUACCUCUGAAUACCAGGUGCUGGAGCAAGCAGCAGGAAGAGGAGUUGGCUUCCUCUGGCUCUCCUGUGUCGGAAGCAAAGCGCUGUUUCUCUGAGGACAGAAUAUUCCGCCACGGAGUUGUUUCGCCUGGAUGGGGGGGGGGGGGUUGUUUUGCUGUGCAAAGCGCCUGCAGUUUGUUCUCUCUGUUGAGAUGGGGCAGGUGGGGAGGGAAUGUGCAGAGCUGGUUUUUUUAAAAACAAAAAACUUGCCUUUUCUCUCCUCGACUUUCUCCCUCCCUCUCCCUUCCUUUUUUACAUUUUAAAAAAAAUGAAAACAAAAAACCCCCCACCCCUUUCCCCCUCCCUCUCAUUCAUUUCUCAGGAGUUGUCAUCGAGUACGGAGAGCCUUGAUAGAUCAUUUUGCUCCGUAAGUGGCCUGCGUUUUAGCUUUUUUGGUUUUUCUCCCCCACCUCUUCCAACUGGGCUGCCUGCUUCCCUUCCCGUGAUUUACCAAAAAUCAACAACAAAUAAUUUCUUUCGCAGCAGCAUUUCCUCUCUGUUGUCAUCUUAAGCCACUUUGCUAAGCCCGCCAAUCACCCUUGGCAAACGCAUCUUGCAGAGCAUCAAAGGCAAAAUCCAUUCCUCUCUUCUCUUCCACCACUUUGGAAAAAAUGAAAUAAAAUCACCCCAGCGAGCCAAAUACUACACUGCUGUUAGCCAUUUUUGACUCAGCCUCUUUGGCUAACCAACUUCCUUGGCUGUCAUGCCUCUCUCUCUCUCUCUCUCUUCCAUCACUCAUGCGCCACCCGCGUGCAUGUUGAGCUUGGGAAGGGGGGUUGUGGAGCUCUGCAUGGUAUGAGGCUCCCCAGCAGGUUUGUCUUGUUUAUACUAAAGUCGUGUCAAGUGCAGAUUGGCAGCCAGUGGUCUCUAUGGCACAUAACGCUUAACCAUAGUUAAUAGAGGCACAGUUGGAGCCACGCCAUUGUUUAAAAAGCCUUGGUUUACUGUGUCACCAAAUACAGUGGUACCUUGGUUUACGAACUUAAUCCGCUCCGGAAGUCCUUUCUUAAACCAAAGCGUUCUUUAACCAAGGCGUGCUUUCCCAUAGCAGCAGGGAACUCAAUUUACACUCAACAGGAAGCAGAACGUGUUCUUAAACCAAGGCAAAGUUCACAAACCAAAACACCUACUUCCAGGUUUGCAGUGUUCUUAGUCCAAGUUGUUCAUAAACUAAGCUGUUCUUAAACCAAGGUACCACUGUAGUUAAAAAGUGUUAAAUAAUACAGGCAGAUUCCAGGCAGAAAAGCUCUGAUAACACUUCACAGAGCAAAGCUGAACAAAACCACUGUAUAAUUUGAGGAGAUAGGAACACAAAGGCUUUUUCUUCCUUGGUUUAAGCCCUUGUACAUAGCAGCGAGACGGUGGACCCCAUAUACAGAGGGGGAAAACUCGAUCACAAUGACACAGCCAAUCAGGGCAUGUGCUGCCUUAGUGAAUGCCAUGCCAUUCUAUUUCGUUGCUAUGCAAAACCUCCACCCCAUCCCCCUUUGGGCCAGUUAACUUGAACGCUUGACAGAUUUAACCCUUAAGGUACAAACUAAAUGAGCCCUGCUGUUAACGCAUCCAACAAAAAGCACCAGCCAAUAGCUGCUGAACCUUGAAGCAAUUUGGACUUUUAGCUACUCUUCACUUGUAAAGCUUUGGGGGCAGCAACAGCUCCUAACCACAGUUGAGGUGGCCUCUGUUCACACGUAAUUCUCACCUAUGCUUAACAGUAAGUUUAAUAAAUCAUUUCCCUUAACAAGCAGCCUCUAACCAUAGUUAAGCUGCUGGGCAGCAUUCACGCACAGCAUUAAACCAUGGUUUGACAAACCCUGGUUUGGUAAACCAUGGUUUAGUGCUCACAUGGGUGGGGGGCAGUGAUCCAGACAGACAGUGGAAUGGUGGACCCUCUGGUGGGUACAGUGGACCCUCUGGAUACAAACGUAAUUCAUACUGGGGGUCCGUACUUACCCCAAAAAGUCUGUAUCCGGAAGCGCCGCUUCUGUACACUCAUGCAGUGCGAUAGAGCGCUCCUGCGCAUGCGUGAAGCGAAAUCUGGAAGUAUACACUUCCGGGUUUGCCACGUUCAUAACUCAAAAUUACGUUACCCAAAGGUAACGUAACUCGAGGUACCACUGUACUCCCAAACAGGCAGUGAUGUUUCACAACCAUAGUGUAUCCCAGUAGUCCCUUCUUAUAUGAUUCCAGCCCUUGCCCUGUGCCAUUCUCCCAGGUCUAGCCACACACACACCUCAUAACCCUCAAGCAGGUAUUUCAGGCUCUGUAAAUUGUGAGAAGCAAACCUGUUUCUAGAAGUGCACCCAGUUUGAUUUUCCUGAAAUGUUUAUAAGUGGAAGGAAGCCUAGCUGCUGCUGCUGCUGCACUAUUACAUUUUAUCCUCUUACAGCUAGAGUUCUAGGCCUCCUACAAAGCAAGUACAGUAGUUAAUCUCGUGGCCUUUCUUCGUGGUCUUACACGUGGCAUUUUAUAAGCCCAAAGGGCCUUUUAUACAUAGGACAGCCCAUUGUUAAUUCAUAUCACUCAUGAAGAGUUCAGCAUUCCAAGAGCUUUGUUUAGUCCUUAGCAUUGCAUUUGCAGUGACUUACCAUUUUAUAAUAUAUAUGAAGCAUCUGAACCCAAACACACAAACAUUUGAAAAACAAGAUAAUCUUUACUUCCUGUUGGCUUGCAUUCUAAUAUACACAGCACCAAAGGAAAAUGAAUGGGGAGGGGAGAGGAAGCUGAGCAAUUUCAGAUGCUAAUUUUUGAUGAAACAAGAAUUGACUCCUCCCUUGGGCUCACGGAGAUGGAGUCGGCUUUUCAAAUUGGAUUACACUGCGGAAUAUUUCAUUCUGAAUUACGCACUCUCUUCUUGUUUUGGGAGCAAAGGGAUUUUUGUGUUUCAUUUUUCAAAGUCAAGUUCAGCGUAUCCACAGCACUACCUCGGGCUGCACAAGGCUGGUGGUGGUGGAAGUCUUGCGGCAAGUGACCUGCCUGCUUUGAAGAUACGGCCUGAAUAAGGAAAACAUUUGGAAGCACCAUUGAAUUGUUCGUCGCAGGCCUUCCGUAUUCAUAUUUUGUUUCUCUUUGCUCAGAUGAGCAAUUAAAAGAGGAAAUGCUGUUCUCUCUGCUGCCCUUCAAUUAUUACAUAUAUUUUUAAUUUGGCGCGCCUUGUGUUGAGUAGAAAUUUUCAUUUGCUUGUCUUCUUUCUUCCCUCAUCUGUCUACAAAUAAUUUCUCCCCUCUUUUCGUUGGAAUUUUUGCUUUUAGCAAUUAUACCUGAUACUUCUUCUCCCCUAAGAAUACCCGACCCUCUUCUUGAUAAUGGGUGGAAUCAACGUAUGAGCUCGUGAUGAGAACAUAGGCUUGGACUUUGGGGAAGAUCCUUCAGUUCCUCCAAUCGAAAACUCCUCCCUGUCUUUAAAUCCAUUCUCUCUUGUGUCAAUCAACCCAGCCUUUCUCUUCUCUCAAAUCCAUCCCACCUCCCUCUUGCUUCAAUAUGGGACAAGGGGAGGGGAGGGGAUAUCAAUUUUGGUUCAUGUUUAAUGCUUCCCAAAAACCAGUACACAGACACCCCACAGUUCUCUGGGUUUUGCAGUGCAAUUCUCCAAAGUUGAAUUUAUUUAUUUUUGUAAAAUGAAACAAAAAGUAAUGCAUGUGCGUAUUAGGGGAAAGUGUUUACAAAAACAAUUCAUUUAGAAAACAAGCAUGCAGGAAAUGUGUAUGUUUGGGGGGAGAUCACAUCCGAAAAUCAGUGUAUUAGGAAUGACGCACACUAAAACACCGGCAGGUUUGUGAGUGCUUUAAAACUAUCAUCAUUCAAAGACUGGCGCGGAAAUGUGGCAGGCAGAAUUUCAGGUGGGAAAGAGGUUGAGAAAUUGAAAGAAAGUGGAACGGAAAGAUUUGCCUUGCUUCAUUGGACACCAUCUUGCUUGCUUGUCAAUCUGUUUGGCCACUUCCAAAUGUAAGCAGCGCCUCCCCCCCCCCCUUCCUUGGUUGGCCCUCCCCAGGAAUCUGAAGCGUAAGGCUUUGCUAUAAUGUGGGUGUGAGGGUGAGGGACUCCGACUCCCAUCAGCCCCUGCCAGCAUGGCUAAGAGCCAGGGAUGAUGGGAGCUGAAGUCCAACGACAUCCAGAGGCGCUGUAGGUUCCUACAGUGUUGUUUUUUUAGGGGUGGGGGGAGAAGAACGGAUCUUCACCUGCUUCCUCUUUGGGUUGUGGCUUAUGGUGCUAUCUAAGCACUAGCACUUAACAACAGGCAUAGGCAGACUCUGCCCUCCAGAUGUUUUGGGACUACAACUCCCGUCAUCCCUAGCUAACAGUACCGGCGGUCAGGGAUGAUGGGAGUUGUAGUCCCAAAACAUCUGGAGGGCCGAGUUUGCCUAUGCCUCCUUAACAAAGUUAAGUGCCAGCCCCAAGGAGCCUACAGUCUGAAUUUAGAAAGGAGACGAGAAGGGAUGAUUGUGAGCAAACCAUAGCUAUACAUUUGGCCUGGCCUGCAUGUAACACUAAACCGUGGUUUAUUUCAUGGAGGGCAGGAGCAGGAGCCUGGCUGCAGAAGGCAGCUGAAGCCAGCCCACCCUGAUCAGACACUUUCAAGCCUUAGUUUUUUUCCAGGAUCUCAGGCGGUUGAUCUUUUCCAGCUCCCACAAACCAUACAGAUCCUCUCUACGGGCUGGCAUACAACUCUGCUUCGGACCCUUGCCUUUUCCCCUCCCCUUUGCUGGAAAAACUCUGGAAUCUGGAAAACCCAGAGUUCUUUGUUCCAAAAUCUUUUUACAGAAACGUUAAGAGAUUUCCUAUGUUGUUCUUGGCUGCGGUCCUAUAAUUCCGAUUAGGCCAGGGGCAAGUCUCAGCGGAGCCAGGGCUUCUUGGUAAACAGCGCUGCUGAGAACUGAAUCCCAGCUACCCUAAUUUGCUGCUUUGUGGGGCUCUGUAGCAACCCGAGGUGGGGUAUUACCUGUUCUGGUGGUGGUGAGGGGAGACCCCAACAGGGAAUCCUGGUGGCUCCUUAAGGCAUCUUAACGUGGCAAAAGUUCCAGUUGCAUCAGGUGUGACCUGAUUCCCCCAGUGUGGGAGAGAUGGGAAACUUUGUGUUGGCAACACAGCAGCCCCAAAGCCCCCCCUUUUCCCCCACACACCCCAAAGCUGUCAGGGAAUCCCUUCCUCCCUCCAACCAGGGCAGUUUCUCUCCUCUGUGCUCAGCACCUUCAUUCCCCCUCUUAACUUUCUCUUUCCCCCUCCCAAAAAACCUUUUCCCCCUCUUUUUGCGUGCUCUCUACUUCAUCACCAGCUUCAUACAGUUAACACCCUUCUCUUGCCCCCCCCCUUCCCCUUUACUGCAUGUCUCUUUGACCAGCGCUUGGUUUUGGUGGUGGCAGGAAUGGCUUAUUAAUUUCAAAUUAUCCUUUUUAAAAAAAACAAACAAAAAACCCUUUCCUGUGACGGGAGAGUAAACUGCUGAAGUGAAGCCGGUUGUUUUUGAAGAAGGGGGGUGGGCAGGGAGCAGUUAUGCAGGAAAUGGAAUCCCCCCCCACUGUGAUGUUAAUAAUCACCAUCAUCAGUGGAAAUAAUUAGCUGUAUAUAGUUUCCAGUGCCUAAAUCGGUCCAGCGUCUCAGCAUCCUGACGGCCCUGAAAGGUAGUCCAAUGUGGCUUUAUUUUGAGGGUGACUGGGUCCGAAUGCCUUUCUGGAGUGCACAGCACACCUCUUGGUGCCCUAUGGGUUCAACCUUCUGUGAUUUUAACCCCAAGGGUGAUGAUGGAGGCAUCUGUGGCCAUCCAAGUGUUUCUUGGACCACGCGGCACCCUAACCUUACCAUUGGCCAUGGAGGCACAGCUGUGGGACUCCGCAGGUGUUCCUCAUCCUCUUUUCACAGGUGACAGUUCCUGUGGGUGUCUUCUUGACAUUCCUAAGCGUUUAAUCGCUUAACAAUUAUAAAUCAUAUAAACUACUUGCUUAAAAAGCAAACAGGAAAACACACAGUCUCUUCUCUUCCUUGCUAGGUUGGUUUUAUAUAUAUAUAUACUGUACAGUCGUACCUUGGAAGCCUUGCGAGUCAAACGUUUUGGCUCCUGAACGCCGCAAACCCGGAAGUGAGUGUUCCGGUUUGCGAACAUUCUUUGGAACCCAAACACGGGUUCCGAUUGGCUGCAGGAGCUUCCUGCAGCCAAUCAGAAGCCGCGCCUUGGUUUCCAAACGUUUUGGAAGUCGAAUGGACUCCCGGAACGGAUUUCGUUCAACUUCCAAGGUACGACUUUAUAUAUAAAGCUGGCAUUGUUCACAAACGCUUGUCAACAAUUUGGACUUUUUAGCAGCGAGGGCAGCAACUUUUGUGCAGCACCGCUUGGUGUUCUUUCAAAGGAUUCCUAGCUUUUCGCACCCUCUGCUGGCUAUUUGAGAAAGAGCAACCUCUCUAUGGGUUUUUUUUGGAGAGGAAGGCUGGUGUCAAUCAAGAGUAAAAGGUUAAAUGUUUUGCUGGGGUUUGAGGCAGGUGGCUUCAGGUUUCAAGACAUCUGCAAGAAAAUGAGAAUGUUCCAAGGGCGGGUGGCGGUUAAAGAAGACUCAAAUGUGGAUUUGUUGCCUUUUUGCAGUCUUAAGGUCACAUCCACACCAUCGUUUUAAAGCACAUGGCUUGCCACCAAAGUAAGGAGUAUAGCGUGUUAAGGAUGCUGGGAAUUAUAGUUCCAUGGGGAUAAACUACAGUUCCUGCUUCUCAAAUGUUUAGUGUGGAUGUGACCCAAUAGUAGGCGGGUAGCCUAUGUUGUUUAGGCAGCCCCUGUCAAAUUGAACCCUUGUUGCCAUUACUAACCUGUGUUAAAAGGGGGGGGAAAUAUAGUCUUUCAAAGUGAACUCAAAGAAUUGUAGCUCUGUGCAGGGAAGUCAGUGGAGUAUCUCCUAACCACUCCCAGUGCCCUUACAGUUCCCAGAAUUCUUUGGGGACGCCAUGACUGUUUAAAGUGAGAUCAUAUAGCCCCACCUGCGUUUCCUAUUUAAAGCAACAUCAUGCUGCUUUAAACAGUCAUGGCUUCCCACCUACCCUGGAGAAUCUUGGGAACUGUAGUUUGUUCAGGGUGUGGAGUGUUCUCGGGAGGCAGCAUAGGAGGGGGAGAGAGCUACAGUCCCAGAGCUCCCUUUUAAACCCCUUUGGCAGCCAUAGCUCUGUGUGUGGAAUAGGGGAUCUCCGAACAACCCCCAGCGCCCUUAAACUACAGUUCCCAGAAUUCUCUGGAGGGGGAGCCAUGAUUGUUUAAAGCCGUAUCAUAGUGCUUUAAAUGUAUGGUGCAAAUGUGGCUUGAGUUAGACGUGAGCUGGAUCCCAUCCCCAGGGUGGUGGGCAGAAGACUGAACUAGGCAUCCUCUCGGCCCGACCUAAUCCUGGUCAUUCAGAUGGCUUUAAUCAGAAUAGGAACAUUUCUCUCAUUUGUCAGGCAAAAAUUGGCAUCCUCCUGUAACUCCUGAGGGUCCCCAAGGCAGGCACCCUCUGUGCAAAAACCGGUUCCAACUUCUGUCUCCUUCUCUCCCUCCCUCUAAAAUUGGGGGCGGGGGAGCCCCACAACCCUGCGCAGCCCGUCCGCCUGGCCCCGGAGCGAGAGUUCAUCAAGUCUCUGAUGGCCAUCGGGAAGCGCCUGACGACACUGCCGACCAAAGAGCAGAAGACGCAGCGCCUCAUCUCCGAGCUCUCCCUGCUCAACCACAAGCUGCCGGCCCGUGUCUGGCUCCCCACCGCUGGGUUUGACCACCACGUGGUGCGGGUCCCACACACCCAGGCCGUCGUGCUGAACUCCAAGGACAAGGUAAGGGGGCUGAGGAAGGAACGGGGGCAAGAGCUCCAGUGGAAUUGGGUUGCGUCCAGCUAAAUUCUACUCAGAAGUAGAUCCCAAGGCUGAAAACGCAUCAGCUGUGUGCGGGAGAAAUUGUAAGGUCACCUGCUCAUGGAUCCACAUGUGGUGGCAGUGUCCGAAGUCUUUUUGUUUUGGGCGGAAACUGGGAACGGCACUUCUGUCCUAGUGCUGGAAAACUGCUUGACAUCUUUCCCAGAAGGAUCUCAUUUAUCACCUGAUGACUGCAGCACGCCUUGCUACCUCAAGGCGUUAGAAGACUAAACACAGACCUGCUUGAAAUCUGAAACUCAAAAAUCUGGGACUUAGUAUUAACGGACACACCAACAACCCACACAUGAGUUAAGCAGACAAGAAAACCAAUGCAUUUCUCAAACACAUGGCUGAUCAGUUUUUAGUCGUUUCGCUCGGUAAUGGUAGAUAUGUAUACCAUCGAUGCAUAACUUUGAAUGCAUUUUUCUGGAUCCAUGCAGAAACAGUUUGAAGGGAGCUUUUCCCAAGGAACAUUUCCAGAUUCCCCCCGAAAGUUAAUAAUGAUGGAGGCAGAGGCACACUUUGCAAUUAGCAGUAGGAGCCAAGUGUUGGGAAGAACAGUGCACUGAGCCCUCCUUCGCCCAGAGUAGAAAUAAGCUGCCUGUCCCCAAAACAUCACCACAAAUCUCCCGUCCUGUUUUGUCAGACGUUGUAAACUUGUCCAGUCAGAGUCCUUUCUCUUUCUCCCUCCCUCCUCCCCGUCUUCAGGCUCCUUACCUAAUCUAUGUGGAAGUACUUGAAUGUGAAAACUUCGACACCACUAACGUCCCGGCCCGGAUCCCAGAGAACCGUAUCCGUAGCACGCGAUCCGUGGAGAACCUCCCAGAGUGCGGGAUCACGCACGAGCAGCGGGCCAGCAGCUUCACCACUGUCCCCAACUACGACAACGAUGACGAGGCUUGGUCUGUGGACGACAUUGGGGAGCUGCAGGUGGAGGUAUUUCGAUAAAAUCAUCAUCAUUUAGCUUCGCUUCGCAAAUAUAAAAAGGUUGACUUUUUAACGUUUUGGUGGAAUAUUUCCAGUCACUUUAAACUCGUCUUAUUCAAACCUUUUGUGUGAAAAAAGGGGGAGAAAUGCAUAAAAAUCAUUAAGAAUUAUCGGAGCACAUCAGAUUAGCUUGCCAAAUCUCCCUUAUGCAUAACAGACAUGUAAAAAAGCAGGAGGAGCAAGAAGACGAGAGAAGAAGGCUUGAUAAGUCAGCAAGGGGCUUCAGUGCUAUCCAAUGAAAUAAUUUUCUCUGCUGAUGAAAAUGAAGGACAAAUAGCUGGUGCCUAAAGAUGAAAAUGGGGACGCGGGUGGCGCUGUGGGUUAAACCACAGAGCCUAGGACUUGCCGAUCAGAAGGUCAGCGGUUCGAUUCCCUGCGACGGGGUUGCUCGGUCCCUGUUCCUGCCAACCUAGCAGUUCGAAAGCACAUCAAAGUGCAAGUAGAUAAAUAGGUUCCGCUCCGGUGGGAAGGUAAACGGCAUUUCCGUGCGCUGCUCUGGUUCGCCAUAAGCGGCUUAGUCAUGCUGGCCACAUGACCCGGAAGCUGUACGCCGGCUCCCUCGGCCAAUAAAGCAAGAUAAGCUCUGCAACCCCAGAGUCGGUCACAACUGGACCUAACGGUCAGGGGUCCCUUUACCUUUAAGAUGAAAAUGAUGGAAGUUAUGAAUUGGCAUUAAUUACACCAAGUACGUACCGCUGCUGCUGUCACCACUUUUAUGGGUGCUGACUUGAUCACUGAUGAAGACAAGAGGCUUAUAGUUGGUCACAAUAAAGCCAAAAAGGCCCAAGAAAAAUCCCUGGAUCAGGAAUUCAAUUACCUUUGUCAGAAGGGUGAAAUGGACUGCAUCUUUUUUGAUGGCCUUGAAGGUACAGCUAAAGCGAUGCUGAAAGCAGGGCUCUUUCUUCAACAAUGUGCCACGGAAACGAAUGAAACCUCUCUGCUUCCAUUGAGCUCUUCCUUCCUUCCUUUGUUCUCCAGCUCCCAGAGAUUCACACCAACAGCUGUGACAACAUCUCCCAGUUCUCUGUGGACAGCAUCACCAGCCAGGAGAGCAAAGAGCCCGUCUUCAUAGCUGCUGGAGAUAUCAGGUGAGUGGGAGUCUAGAAGAAACGUCCGCUGCUUGGCAAUGAGGGGUUCAGGUCUAGGAAUAGAACAUCCCUUAUAAAAACCCCCAAAACCUGAGAAUAGUAUAAUCCAGUUCCGCUUCCGUGUGUAGCAAAAUCCCCCCUGAGGCGUUCUCAAAGUAAAGGAAGGAUUGAACUCUGAUUAAUAAGAAUACACUCAGAGGCUUGAACCAGCAAGACUCUGGGAAGGGUGCGUAUAAUAUUCUGUGUCUCGCCACCCUCCGGCCCAGGUCGUUUUAUUCACAAAAGAGCCUUUUACAGAGUGUUUGUAAGAACCAAUCAGAUUUUUUCUGAGCAUUUCAACAAACCCCAUGUGGGGACACCGUUAGACUACCAAAACUAAUUAAGCAUGGGGUAAAUAAAACAGAACUACAAAGGAGUGCAUUUGGCAACCCCUGAGGUCAUAAGCAAGCAAUACACAUGAUAGGAAGGAUGGCCAGGAGGACAGCGACCAUUCUCACCUUUAGGUGAGAUCUGUUUCCUGGCCCUAAGAUUAACAUCCUAAGAUUAACAUAUCAGAAAAGCUAUAUCAAAUAAACUUGCCCACUAUCUUUAUGGCCCAGGAUGCAUGCCUGGCAAAGCAACUGGGCUGUGUACGUGACUUGUCAAGCAAGAGAAAUGGACAGUAGAGGAAAUGGCCAGAGAUGCAGAGGGUUGUGGGAUUUGAUCAGAAAUUAUUGUCAGUGUAUCAAACCCAGUCAAGGCAACGCAUUCAUCGUGGAGACAAUGGCUUGAUGCAUAUUAUCUAAUUCGUCAUAGUAAUCCCACCUGACCCCACACUCUGGAUAUUUGCACUCCUACACCCUCCCCCCCCCAAAUUAACAUUUCUCUUUCCUCUUGCAGGAGACGCCUCUCGGAACAGCUUGCCCACACUCCAACAUCCUUCAAGAGGGACCCCGAAGACCCUUCUGCUGUCGCCCUGAAGGAGCCGUGGCAGGAGAAAGUCAGGUGAGGGCAGUGCAGGGUCAGAGCAGAGAGUGGCGGGGCCCCAGUUGUGUCUCCACGGCCUGACGUGCUAAGAAGCCAGGCAUUGGCUGCAGGCCGGGAGGCUCUCCCCAUCUCUUGCGUGGGGCAACGGGGCUGUUCAGGUUCCUCAGGGCUUGGCAAGGGUGGCCCGAGUCUCCCGCGCCAGGCCAGGGCGGAACCAACUGCUUCCUGCUGCUUUCUUGCAGACGGAUCCGGGAGGGCUCUCCGUAUGGCCACCUCCCAAACUGGCGCCUCCUCUCUGUGAUCGUGAAAUGUGGCGAUGAUCUCCGGCAAGAGCUGCUGGCCUUCCAGGUGCUCAAACAGCUACAGGUAGGGAAUACUCCACAGCCGUGCCUCUUUCUCCUUUCUCUUUCCUCCCUCAAGGGCUUCUGAGUUUGGUCAAGUCGGAUGCAGUGCUGGUGUAGUGGUUAGAGUGUCAGACUAGCAUCUGGGAGAGUUGUUGUUGUUUAGUCAUUUAUUCGUGUCCGACUCUUCGUGACCCCAUGAACCAUUGCAUGCCAGGCACUCCUGUCUUCCACUGCCUCCCGCAGUUUGGUCAAACUCAUGCUGGUAGCUUGGAGAACACUGUCCCACCAUCUGGUCCUCUGCCGUCCCCUUCUCCUUGCGCCCUCCAUCUUUCCCAACAUCAGGGUCUUUUCCAGGGAGUCUUCUCUUCUCAUGAGGUGGCCAGAGUAUUGGAGCCUCAGCUUCAGGAUCUGUCCUUCCAGUGAGCACUCAGGGCUGAUUUCCUUCAGAAUGGAUAGGUUGGAUCUUCUUGCAGUCCAUGGGACUCUCCAGAGUCUCCUCCAGCACCACAAUUCAAAAGCAUCCAUUCUUCGGCGAUCAGCCUUCCUUAUGGUCCAGCUCUCACUUCCAUACACCACGACUGGGAAAACCAUAGCUUUAACUAUAUGGACCUUUGUUGGCAAGGUGAUGUCUCUGCUUGGGUUCAAAUUCCUCCUCAGCUCUUGGGGGCCUAACCUCCCUUGCAGGGUUAAAUGGGGUGGAAGAGAACCAGGUGCGCCACGUUGAGCUCUCUGGAAGAAAAAAGUGGAAUAAAAAUUUGAAUAAAAAUCAUAAUACAGUGGAACCCCGGUUUUCGAGCGUCUCCUCCUGUCUGGGACACCCCUGUAGUCUGGAGAUGCCCGUCAAAAUUUUGCAAGGGACAUUUUGCAUGCUGGACUUCUCUCCCCCCACCCCACACAAAAAACUCAAUGGUCUCCUGUUGCAAAGCGCCUUUCUUUCGUUUGCUUUCCUCCUCCAGUCCAUCUGGGAGCAGGAGCGCGUCCCCCUGUGGAUCAAGCCAUACAAAAUCCUCGUCAUCUCUGCCGACAGCGGCAUGAUCGAGCCGGUGGUCAACGCCGUCUCCAUCCACCAGGUCAAGAAGCAGUCACAGCUUUCUCUGCUGGACUACUUCCUGCAGGAGCAUGGGAACUACACCACCGAGGCCUUCCUGACCGCCCAGCGCAACUUCGUGCAGAGCUGCGCCGGCUACUGCCUGGUCUGCUACCUGCUGCAAGUCAAAGACAGGUGAGGGGGUCCUGGGGGAAGCUGGGGCGAGGCAGUGGGCAGAGAAGGGGUGCUCAGCACAUUGCAGAGAGAAGCCUCGCAGCUGCCAGUUUCCAAACAAGGAGGGGAGAAACCACAUACUCCUCCUUGAGCUCCUUGUAGAAAAUGGCAAGAUAGGAAUGCAAUAAACAAUGUUUUUUUCUGUCCUGUCUCCUCCCACCCUGCAACACCCCCCACCCCAAAAGGCACAAUGGCAAUAUCUUGCUGGAUGCAGACGGACACAUAAUCCACAUAGAUUUCGGGUUCAUCCUCUCCAGCUCACCCCGGAAUCUCGGCUUUGAGACAUCGGCCUUCAAACUCACCUCUGAGUUCGUCGAUGUAAGUUGGCGGUGGGUGGAAGGGAGAGAGAACUCCUGCCUUGUUUUUUGUCCGCAGUUCUUUGCGAGAAGUUUCUUGGAUCAAGCAGUUUUUGAAUAUUCUAAAGAAGGGGCAGGGAGGACAUGAGGAAGCAGCCUGUGGCCAAGAGGUCUAGUUAAGGCGUAUUUCUUAUUUAUGCUUCUUUGAAGCUGAGGAGGUUGGUCAACCCACACAUUGUCUCAGGCACAGGCAGCCUUUUGCUGAAGCAAUCCCAUCGAAAGAAAUCAAACUCCUCAUGGAGGAGAGGGCUAUCGAUGGCUGCUAGCCAUGAUGUCUGAUGCUUCUGAACCCCAUUUGCUGGAAACUGCAGGAAGGGAGAGUUGCCCUUGUUCUCAUGUCCUGCUUGCAGGAUUCGCACAGGCAUCUGGUCAGCCACUGUGAGGAUAGGCUGCUGGACUAGUGGGCCAUUGGCCUGAUCCAGCAGGCUCUUCAGGUGCUAUUUGUGGGGUGCUAUUGUGGUUGCUCGAGAGUAACCAGGCAGGACUCUGACCUGUCUUUUACAGGCUUUAUUUUGGUGCAAACUAUUUACAGUGAAGAGCGUCAUAAGUUCAUGUCUGGCUCCAUCACUAGCAGAAUCCGGGAGUGGUCUGUUCGUGUAUCUCCCCCAACAUAAAAGUUUCGUCACCCCCAGCCUUUUCCACCCCUCCCUGCGCCUCAAACUACUGCGCAUGACGGGCGACGGCGAGGGCGUGCCUCCCUCCUCUCCGGCUUGCUCAGGCGCGGUGUUAAAGCUCUUACUAGUAUCCUCUGGUCCUUGCACCUCUUCUCCACAGGAGGUGGGGCUUUCCUCCUCGCCGGAAGAUGAACUGCUUUGCAAGAUUUUCGGAGGUUCCCUGUAACACAACUGCCCCUCCAUCUCUCGCCUCUGAGCCGAUGGCAUUUCCCUGACAGCUAUUAUUAAUUAUUAUUAUUAUUAUUAUUAUUAUUAUUAUUAUUAUUAAUACCCCACCCAUCUGGCUGGGUUUCCCCAGCCACUCUGGGCGGCUCCCAACAGAAUAUUUCUAGGGUUUGCCACAGUUUUUUGCAUGCAUGAAAGCUUUAAGCCUUCCAGUCCUUAGGGAGGUCUCUGCAAUCUCCUCCCUGUUCCUCCAGCCCUUCUUUGGACGCCCAUCUUGAACUUUCCUCCUUUUCCCCCUUGCCCCCUUUCAGGUCAUGGGAGGCUUGGAUGGCGACAUGUUCAACUAUUACAAGAUGCUGAUGCUGCAAGGCCUCAUCGCCGCUCGGAAGCACAUGGAUAAAGUCGUCCAGAUUGUGGAGAUAAUGCAACAAGGUAGCUUUUGUGGGUUUGGGGGUACCUGGGCAGCUUUGGGGUUUCAGGCCAGGCCACCAGGUCACAAACACACCCACCCCAAGCCAGUAGAGUGUCUCUUCCACCACAUGUGAGAGGCUCUCGGUCCACCCAUCCACAAAGGGGCACCUGCACUGCCAGGCCCAGGAUCGCUGGGACGCUGCAAAGGGUUCUGGGAACACCGGUCUCCAAACCCACCUGGGUAGUUUUCUCCCAGCGCACACACAAACUCAGGUUGUCAUCUGAUUUCAAAGAACCGCCUUAGCUGUUGAGCCCGCCAUUCAGUCACAUGGUCCUAAAUAACCCCGUAGCACAGGUGCCUUCUUGACAGAAGCACAAGGAAACUUGUAAGCCGCUUUAAUCAGCGGCCGAAAGGAGGCACUGGCCUUUUAGAAAGGAUAGGGGUUUUUUUUGUUUCUCUUAAAAAAGUAACCAGAGCGCUUGUUAUCAGUUUGUCCUGCAGGUUGCCAGUGUUGCUUGGGCGAAACGCAGCAGUCUCAGGCCCCCGCAGUAGCUCAGGUCAUCAGUGAGUGUCGAGAGCAGCGUAUUCGGAUAAGUUGCUAGUCCAUAAGAAAGUAACACAACUGCCUUGCUUGAUCAGGCCAAAGGUCCGCCUGGUCUGGUGUGUUUUUUUGCCGCAAGAGGCUGGCACCCCUCUCUGGAAGUAGUUCCCAGAGACAGUGAUGGCCAGCCCCUUUAUUUAUACUUGACCUCUGCAGCACCUGGCAUUUGGAGGUAGACUGCUCCUGAGUACUCAGGCUUCCCUUUAGCUACCUACUGCAAAUAGCAGCUGUUGGUACUUUUAUCCUCCACGAAUUGCAUAAUUCCCACAGGGUGUUCCUCCCCAUUUUUAAAAGCUUCCCCCUUCCCCAUAAGAUUCCAGUGGCUCUUUAAGGACCUGUUGGAGCAAGGCAGUUCAAGGCUUCCAAAAAAGGGCACAUCCUGCCCACCCCCCUCUACGAAAAGUGGGCUGCGAUUGGGCAGAAGAGCAGGGUCAUGAGAGUGCCUGUUUUGCAUAGUUCUGCGGGGUAUCGUUUGGCAUUUACCAUGAACGAGCCAAUUUUAAAGCCCUCGACGCAGCCUUCGCUUUCCAGGCAGUAACCUACGCCGACGAGUUGAAUGGCGGCUACAGAGGGGCCUUCAUAGUGGUGGCACCAACCUUUAUGGGUGGACACGGUGGGAGGCAAUCGUGUUGCCCCCCCCCAAAAAAAAUCAUAACGAUACUCAGAUAUAGAAACUCAGAUAUAUAUGCUAGGUCAGGAACCCCCAACCUGUGGCCCUCCAGAUGUUUUGGCCUACAACUCCCAUGAUCCUUAGCUAACAGGACCAGUGGUCAGGGAUGAUGGGAAUUGUAGUCCAAAACAUCUAGAGGGCCAAAGGUUGGGGGUGCCUGUGCUAGGUGCUAAAUGACAGCUUACCGUAUUUUUCACACUGUAAGAUGCACCUUUCCCCUCCUAAAAAGUAAGGGGGAAUGUGUGUGCGUCUUAUGGAGCAAAUGCAGGCUGCGCAGUUAUCCCUCUUGCUGUUCUGGCUUCUGGGAUUCAGAAUAUUUAUUUUCUUGUUUUCCUCCUCCAAAAACUAGGUGCGUCUUAUGGUCUGGUGCAUCUUAUAGAGAGAAAAAUACAGUAAACCGUGGUCACGGUCACCAUCAUGGAGUAAUAAUAAUAAUAAUAGUAAUACCAUAAUUUCUGUGCCAUCCAUCUGGCUGGGUUGCCUGAGCCACUCUGUCUGUUCUCCAGGGGGUUGGACUGGAUGCCCUUCGUGGUCCCUUCCAACUCGACCAUUCAUUGAGUCUUUGUUGAGAUUCCUGUGCGUGGGGGGCUCGGAACGUAUAUCCCUGCGUAAGUGGGGGGGGGGGGCACCUGCAAUUUUAUCUAUCCUUUCAUUCUCUUUGUAAAGCUCUUGGAGGGUUCAGGCAGUGCGUAAACCUUACGAGAGUAAAUAAGACUUCUCAGCCUUCCCGGAGGACAGAGAGACAGAUCGUGUCCUCUCCGCAGCGGCGCUACGCUCCUUGGGCCAACUUGGGGCUCCAGAAGGCCCUGACUCUCCCCUCUCUCUCCCCCGCAGGCUCCCAGCUGCCCUGUUUUCACGGCUCCAGCACCAUCCGCAACCUGAAGGAGCGAUUCCACAUGAACAUGACGGAGGAGCAGCUCCAGCUCUUGAUCGAGCAGAUGGUGGACGGCAGCAUGCGCUCCAUCACCACCAAGCUCUACGACGGCUUCCAGUACCUCACCAACGGCAUCAUGUGA